AUGUUCAAUGUUAUUUGCUUUAGCAACUUUCAGUUUUCAUUGCCAGGCGUAUACCGAUUAUGCUGGUGUGCCGCGACAUUUUCCUGUGGCAUCCAAGAGGAUUUUCGGGUGGAUGCCGGAGGAUUUCUCAUCGUCGGACCCUCGCCAUUGAUGCAAAGCCGAACUUGCGUGAGUGGGUACACUUGUCUGGUCGGCUCUUUUACAGGAGUCUUCCUGAACGACAACGAUCAGAUUGCCGUUCGAGACACAUGCGGUCAGUCCACUGCUGCAGUUGGCUUUCCCAAUGCAGGGCUUCUCGCUUCUGGCAUGCUUCCGAGGGUAUCUGCAUCAGGUGGCCGGUACCGUUUGUGUUGGUGCGGUUUGCCCAGCAAGUGUUCACGACCCGAAAACUUCCGGACAGACUUUGGAUCGCUUCUCUUGCUCGGACCCUCGCCGCUAGAGCAGCACCGAACAUGUGUCUCGGGCCGCACAUGUCGAGUCUCGGAUUUGCUUUUCCACGGCGAAUUUGACUGGUCAAUCGGGCGUCUACUUAUUCUGGAGACGUGUGCAACUCACGGUGUUUUGCCUCGCCUCUGGGCAGAACCCAUAUCACCUCCGCCAAGCCUAAAUUCUGAGUCUCUGCUUGGUGCUUUUCAGACAGAUGUUAUUUCAGCAGCUGGUGGGACCUACACGUUGUGCUGGUGUUCGAUGAUUCCCGGACCUUGUCUGGAUGCGGAGGACUUUCACGUUUCUAUCGGUACCCUUGACAUAAUUGGCCCAAGCCCUCUGCGGCAAGAUCGCACAUGCACAAGUGGUCAGCGGUGCCAUCUAGGCGGACUGACUGGAGAGCACACGGGAACCAAUGACAUGUUGAUUGCCGAUACGUGUGGCACCGACAAAGCUGCGUUUGUUCCCAGAUUUGUGAACUUUGGUGCUUCAGAAAUGGCCGGCGAUGGCAUAGCGACAUGGAGCAUCAUUACAGCUGCCGGUGGUCAGUACAGACUCUGCUGGUGUGCUUCUAUCACAGCUUGCGCUUCAGCAUCUGAGUUCUCCACGGACAUGGGCGGACUGCUCCUUCUGGGUCCGGCACCACUAAGGCAAGACAGGACGUGUGUCAGCGGCCUUUCCUGCGAGUUUGAAGGAUUCCUUGGCAAGUACAUCUCGAGCCAGGACCGUAUCCUUCUGUCAGAGACCUGCGGUGAUACCCAUCUGCCGCCCUCAUCACUGCCACCUGCUGAAGUUACUGCUUCGCCGACCGGAACUGCCGUGGUGAGCUGGGGGACUUCGCCGAUUCUGGCUGCUGGCGGCUUCUAUCGGCUUUGCUGGUGUUCCGGGCUUGUGGCACAAUGUGAAGAUCACUCGGAGUUUAGGACUGACGUGGGCAUGCUGACAAUGAUCGGAGUCAAUCCUUUACAGCAAGCCAGGACGUGCAUCAGUGGAUUGCCAUGCACCCUGGAGGGAAUCACAGGGACUUAUGUUUCCGUCGCAAACUACUUUGCUGUGUUGCAAACCUGCGGUGUCGAUGCUGGAGCCAUCGAGGGAUUCCCCGAAGCAGGUGUGACUGCACAGGUGAGCUCCAGUGGAGCACGAGUCUCUUGGGGACAGAUGCCAGUCACAUCUCCAGGAACAUCGUCGAGAUUCCAUUUGAGAGCUGGGACGUUGACAGUCAUCGGCCCUGCGCCACUGGAACAGCAUCGCACCUGUGUCAGCGGCCGGGUUUGUGCAUUCGAUGGACUUCUGGGGCAGCACUUGUCCGUCAACGACGUGAUUCAGGUGCUCGAGACCUGCGGGGUGGACCCAGUUAUUGAGCGUUUUCCUACUGCCGGCCAAGUGUCACGAGUCGAUGCGAGUGGUGCAGCUGUCACCUGGGGCUCUGAUCCAGUAUCAGCCGCUGGAGGUCGAUAUCGCCUCUGCUGGUGCUCGACGAGUGAGUCUCAAUGCAGUCUAGCCCGGGAUUUUGCAACCGAUUUUGGCGAAUUGACGGUGAUCGGGACGUCACCUAUGCGUCAGGACCGCACAUGCAUGAGUGGACAGGCAUGCUCCAUAGAAGGACUUACUGGUAGCUUCUUGUCAGACGGUGAUCUGUGGAUGGCCAUGGACACCUGCGGGCAGUCCAACUUCAUUCCUCGCUUUUCUCACGCUGGAGUUCCGAGCCUCGUGGAGGCCAGUGGGUCUGCUGUUUCAUGGGGUUCGGUCGCACCAACAGCAGCAGGAGGCCAAUACAGGCUUUGUUGGUGCAGCGCCGGCUUGGCAUGCGUCUCUCCAGAUCGCUUCGUCGUGGAUGCCGGUGGGCUCGUUCUUCUUGGAAUGAGCCCACUCACACAGGACCGGACCUGCAGCAGUGGGCAGGCUUGUUUCCUCCGAGGCUUCCAGGGUCUUUUUGACAGCAGCUUGGAGCAAGGAGCAAUCAUGGCACUGGACACCUGCGGAAUCGCAAGUGCGGUUCCUCGCUUUAGCCAGGCUGGUACUCUCUCGACGAUCGUGGAAGAUGCUGGUGUUACGUUUUGGACACAAGUAGCGCAGACUACGGCUGGUGGAGUAUACAGGCUUUGCUGGUGUUCACCUGGCGGCCGUUGUGAACUGGCCAGCCAGUUUCAGGUGGACAUGGGCAGUCUGGCAGUGUUGGGACCUGCGCCGCUGACGCAAGAUCGAACGUGCAUCACAGGACAAACAUGCAAGCUAUACGGCAUUGGCGGACUUGGUCUGCCUGCUUCAGACAGGUUUGCUGUUCUGGAUACGUGUGGAGAGGCCAGCUUGGUGGAUCGGCUUCCGGCCAGUGGCAUCUUAGCUGCACAACCGACACUUGCUGGCAGUCUCACUUUGUCCUUCGACGGCGAUGUGAUCACUGCUUCAGCCGGAAGCUACCGGUUGUGUUGGUGUUCCCCUUCAGCCACAAACCUUUGCAGCGGCUUUGAAUCCUUUCGGACAGACUUUGGCAGUCUGACCGUUCUGGGCCCACGACCUCUUUACCAAGACCGCACUUGCGUCGCUGGACAGACGUGCUUUGUGAGCGGUGUUCUUGGGUCAGCCUUGGACUCUGCAGAUGCCUUUGUAGUUCAGGACACAUGUGGUCUUGCAGGUAGCGUGCUCGGGUUUCCUGCCUUUGGGACCCCUGUCAUUGCUGGAAGUGGAGCUGGCAUUGAGUGGGGUGUAGCCCCAGUCACGGCUGCCGGAGGUGUCUAUAGACUCUGCUGGUGUUCAGGGCUUGCCGCCUCUGCUUGCUCAUCUGCACGAGACUUCGAGGUAGACGUGGGAGCCUUGACUCUGGUCGGCAUUGCCCCACUGGCCCAAUCCAAGACAUGCCUGUCUGGUGUGACCUGUGAGAUCACGGGUCUUACAGGGCAGGGCCUAAGUGAGACAGACGAGUACUUGAUACUGGAGACCUGUGGAGUCGCGUCAGGCCCCGCUCUCGCCUACACUGAAACUCUUGAAACUUUUGCGGCCCCUGUCGGCCGAGCGGUUUCAGCAAGAUGGGUCAGUUCUCCACUUCAGCUGGCAGGCGGCGACUACAGGUUGUGCUGGUGCCCCGGCGAACACUUUUCUUGUGACACUGCAGACAGUUUUCGCGUCGACGCUGGUACACUCACCGUCAUCGGGGUCGCCCCAAUUGCCCAGCACCGGACUUGUGUGAGCGGGCGUACGUGCUUUUUGCAGGAGAUUGCAGGAUAUGGUCUAAAUGCCGGGGACGUCCUGUUUGCUGUUGAAACCUGUGGACAGGCAAGUGCUCUGGCCCGCUUCCCUUACGCUGGAAGGUCGGAGUUGCAACGCACCAGUGCAGGAACGACUUUCAGCUCGCUGGAACGCAUCACUUCCGCCGGUGGUGUCUUUCGCCUUUGCUGGUGCCACGGUAUGCCGAAUUUUGGCACAGAGCAUGUGCCGUCUUGUCUGACAAGCGAAGCUAAGGUUGACGUUGGGAGCCUGUUCAUGGUCGGUGUAUCUUUGUUUCAAGACCGAACCUGUGUCAGCGGAAGUACAUGUGAGAUUCCCAGCGUGUAUGGGUACGGCCUGCAGGACACUGAUCGUCUGUACGUCAUGGAUACAUGUGGCGGCACGUCGAUAAUUUCUGGAUUUGCUCAGGGACUGCGCAGUCUCAGCUCAGGGGACGCUGAAUUCGCUUCCUUCAGCUGGGGAAGCACGCGAGUCACAGCGGCUGGCGGAAUUUACCAGCUCUGCUGGUGCGGGUCCACGGACGGCGAAGGCUGCGACAGUGCUCAGAAUGCCUUGGUCACGCUUGCGUCCUUGACCCUUGUUGGGGUGAACCCGCUGUCACAGGACCGAACGUGCGUCAGCGGCCAAACUUGCAGCAUUUCAGGGCUGGGUGGUCAAGAUCUGCCGAGUGUCGGAAGUGCGCUGCUGGUUCUGGAGACGUGUGGCUUGCCCUCGUUGCCACGCGGAUUUGGUGCGGAUGUAUGGCCACUUGCCAGUGGAUUGGGCGGGAGGCAAAGCUUCCAGAGCACAGCUCCGCUGACAGCGGCGGGGGGUGUUUACCGCCUCUGCUGGUGUCCAGGCAUCCUUGUCUGCAAGGAUCCUACAGACUUCAACAUCGAUACUGGAGGCUUGACGCUGAUUGGCCCCGACCUCCUGCACCAGGAGGCCACGUGUCAGCGGCCAGAGCUGCGUGGUCUCCAGUGGGAGCACGGCCACGGCAUGUUCUGUUGCGGAGAGUGUAUCUGGGCAGCAGAUGCUCUGGUGGCCAUUCUCGACACCUGUGGAAUGCCCUCUGUGGUACGAGGACUUCCAGUGGAUGGCUUGCGGCAUUCAGUGGAGGGCAACCUGAUCCUCUUAGGCAGUGCAACACGUGUUUCAGCUGCAGGGGGCGUUUACCGCCUUUGCUGGUGCAACUUGGGCUGUCGUGUGGCGGAAGAUUUUCGCACCGAUUUCGGUUCGAUACAAGUGCUGGGCCCAAGUCCGUUGGAACAGCACAGAACAUGUAUCUCCGGACAGACUUGCCAAGUCACAGACGUUGCAGUUCACUCCUACUUGGAUGUGUCUCUGGGUGAAGUGAUGAUUCUGGAGACCUGCUCCGUGCCAAGCAUCGUGCCACGAUUUCCAGCCGAUGGCAUUUUAGUGUCUCUUCCGGCUGCUGCUGGCAGCAAUUUCCGAAGCUUUUUGACGGACAUUGUCUCUGCUGCUGGCGGAACUUACCACAUGUGCUGGUGCGGCAACGUACCUUCGCUGUGUGCGGAACCGAGUGAUUUUCAUGUCGACUUCGGGAUGCUCACCAUCAUUGGACCUUCUCCUUUGAACCAGCAACACACGUGCGUGAGUGGGCGUGGGUGUCAAUUGAACGGAUUGUCAGGAAAGCAGACAAGUUUGAGCGACGAUAUUUUGAUUGCUGAUACCUGUGCUUCCGAAAAUGCCGUUGUUGUAAUGCGGCCGACAGGUCUUGGAUCACAGAAUCAGGCUGGUGAUGGAAGCAUCGGCGUUUGGAACAGCGCAGCACUCACGGCUGCAGGGGGCCUCUACCGAUUAUGCUGGUGUUCACGGGAGGCCCCGAGAUGCUCCCAGGCUUCGGACUUCGCUACAGACAUGGGUGAGCUGCUUUUGAUAGGUCCUUCCCCAUUACAGCAGGACAGAACGUGUGUCAGCGGACAGUCGUGUGAGUUUGAUGGUUUCCUCGGCAUGCACAUCUCGAGUCGGAACAGGAUUCUUUUGGCAGACACUUGUGGAGAGUCUUCGGUGCCGUCUUCAAUGCCUGUUGCUACAGUGAGCGCAGCUUCCGGAUAUGGUAGUGUGGUCAGCUUCACCGGUUCUGUGCACGUUUCAGGAGGCAUCUACAGGCUCUGCUGGUGUUCCGGCGAGAUGGGCGGUCGACCAUGUUCUGGCCCCAUUGAUUUCGCCACCGACGUUGGUGCUUUGACCAUGAUCGGUGUGAGCCCCGUGCGGCAAGACCGGACGUGCAUCAGCGGUGUCUCCUGCACUAUUGACGGCAUCGAGGGCACGCACAUUUCAAGCAGUGACUCGUAUCUGGUGAUGGAUACCUGUGGUAUCCGCUCUGCAGCAUUGUCUGGGUUCCCAGGAACCGGUGUUUCCCUGCAGUCGAGUGGAGGAUUGAUCUCUUGGGGCUUGGUUCCGAUUACAGCUGUUGGAGGCAACUAUGCUUUGUGCUGGUGUCCCGGAGCCUCGCUGAUGGAGGAGACGUGUAGUACUCCUUCGAGUUUUCUUGUGGAAGCUGGGCGAUUCUAUGUCAUUGGCCCCAAAAUGCGUCAAUCGAGGACAUGCAUAAGUGGAACGGAAUGCCGCGUGGAAGGUCUUCUCGGAAGCUUUAUCAGCGACGAAGACCACAUCCUUGUUGCCGACACUUGCGGUGCGAUGGAUGGGCAAUCUCCGACUGGGAUUGUGAAUGGUGGUUUCGCUAACCAAAUAGCAGCUCAAGGAAGCAUCGGCGUUUGGAACAGCGCAGCACUCACGGCUGCAGGGGGCCUCUACCGAUUAUGCUGGUGUUCACGGGAGGCCCCGAGAUGCUCCCAGGCUUCGGACUUCGCUACAGACAUGGGUGAACUGCUUUUGAUAGGUCCUUCCCCAUUACAGCAGGACAGAACGUGUGUCAGCGGACAGUCGUGUGAGUUUGAUGGUUUCCUCGGCAUGCACAUCUCGAGUCGAAACAGGAUUCUUUUGGCAGACACUUGUGGAGAGUCUUCGGUGCCGUCUUCAAUGCCUGUUGCUACAGUGAGCGCAGCUUCAGGAUAUGGUAGUGUGGUCAGCUUCACCGAUUCUGUGCUCGUUUCAGGAGGCAUCUACAGGCUCUGCUGGUGUUCCGGCGAGAUUGGCGGUCGACCAUGUUCUGGCCCCAUUGAUUUCGCCACCGACGUUGGUGCUUUGACCAUGAUCGGUGUGAGCCCCGUGCGGCAAGACCGGACGUGCAUCAGCGGUGUCUCCUGCACUAUUGACGGCAUCGAGGGCACGCACAUUUCUAGCGGUGACUCGUAUCUGGUGAUGGACACCUGUCGUGUUGACUCCGCGGUGGUCGCGGGUUUUCCGAUGCUCGGCGCCCAAUUCGACGUCCUUACAGAUGUAGUGUCAUGGGGUGCCACGCGUAUCACAGCUCCUGGGGGAAACUUUGCUCUUUGCUGGUGUCCUCGCCCCGCAACCCUGGGUCAAACAGAUCAAGGCGAUGCAGUCGCCGCAUGUCGUACACAUUCUCAUGCAGCAGGCCGGUUCACGGUCAUCGGCCCGGCGCCACUGGAACAGCAUCGCACCUGUGUCAGCGGCCGGGUUUGUGCAUUCGAUGGACUUCUGGGGCAGCACUUGUCCGUCAACGACGUGAUUCAGGUGCUCGAGACCUGCGGGGUGGACCCAGUUAUUGAGCGUUUUCCAACUGCCGGCCAAGUGUCACGAGUCGAUGCGAGUGGUGCAGCUGUCACCUGGGGCUCUGAUCCAGUAUCAGCCGCUGGAGGUCGAUAUCGCCUCUGCUGGUGCUCGACGAGUGAGUCUCAAUGCAGUCUAGCCCGGGAUUUUGCAACCGAUUUUGGCGAAUUGACGGUGAUCGGGACGUCACCUAUGCGUCAGGACCGCACAUGCAUGAGUGGACAGGCAUGCUCCAUAGAAGGACUUACUGGUAGCUUCUUGUCAGACGGUGAUCUGUGGAUGGCCAUGGACACCUGCGGGCAGUCCAACUUCAUUCCUCGCUUUUCUCACGCUGGAGUUCCGAGCCUCGUGGAGGCCAGUGGGUCUGCUGUUUCAUGGGGUUCGGUCGCACCAACAGCAGCAGGAGGCCAAUACAGGCUUUGUUGGUGCAGCGCCGGCUUGGCAUGCGUCUCUCCAGAUCGCUUCGUCGUGGAUGCCGGUGGGCUCGUUCUUCUUGGAAUGAGCCCACUCACACAGGACCGGACCUGCAGCAGUGGGCAGGCUUGUUUCCUCCGAGGCUUCCAGGGUCUUUUUGACAGCAGCUUGGAGCGAGGAGCAAUCAUGGCACUGGACACCUGCGGAAUCGCCAGUGCGGUUCCUCGCUUUAGCCAGGCUGGUACUCUCUCGACGAUCGUGGAAGAUGCGGGUGUUACGUUUUGGACACAAGUAGCGCAGACUACGGCUGGUGGAGUAUACAGGCUUUGCUGGUGUUCACCUGGCGGCCGUUGUGAGCUGGCCCGCCAGUUUCAGGUGGACAUGGGCAGUCUGGCAGUGUUGGGACCUGCGCCGCUGACGCAAGAUCGAACGUGCAUCACAGGACAAACAUGCAAGCUAUACGGCAUUGGCGGACUUGGUCUGCCUGCUUCAGACAGGUUUGCUGUUCUGGAUACGUGUGGAGAGGCCAGCUUGGUGGAUCGGCUUCCGGCCAGUGGCAUCUUAGCUGCACAACCGACACUUGCUGGCAGUCUCACUUUGUCCUUCGACGGCGAUGUGAUCACCGCUUCAGCCGGAAGCCACCGGUUGUGUUGGUGUUCCCCUUCAGCCACAAACCUUUGCAGCGGCUUUGAAUCCUUUCGGACAGACUUUGGCAGUCUUACCGUUCUGGGCCCACGACCUCUUUACCAAGACCGCACUUGCGUCGCUGGACAGACGUGCUUUGUGAGCGGUGUUCUUGGGUCAGCCUUGGACUCUGCAGAUGCCUUUGUAGUUCAGGACACAUGUGGUCUUGCAGGUAGCGUGCUCGGGUUUCCUGCCUUUGGGACCCCUGUCAUUGCUGGAAGUGGAGCUGGCAUUGAGUGGGGUGUAGCCCCAGUCACGGCUGCCGGAGGUGUCUAUAGACUCUGCUGGUGUUCAGGGCUUGCCGCCUCUGCUUGCUCAUCUGCACGAGACUUCGAGGUAGACGUGGGAGCCUUGACUCUGGUCGGCAUUGCCCCACUGGCCCAAUCCAAGACAUGCCUGUCUGGUGUGACCUGUGAGAUCACGGGUCUUACAGGGCAGGGCCUAAGUGAGACAGACGAGUACUUGAUACUGGAGACCUGUGGAGUCGCGUCAGGCCCCGCUCUCGCCUACACUGAAACUCUUGAAACUUUUGCGGCCCCUGUCGGCCGAGCGGUUUCAGCAAGAUGGGUCAGUUCUCCACUUCAGCUGGCAGGCGGCGACUACAGGUUGUGCUGGUGCCCCGGCGAACACUUUUCUUGUGACACUGCAGACAGUUUUCGCGUCGACGCUGGUACACUCACCGUCAUCGGGGUCGCCCCAAUUGCCCAGCACCGGACUUGUGUGAGCGGGCGUACGUGCUUCCUGCAGGAGAUUGCAGGAUAUGGUCUAAAUGCCGGGGACGUCCUGUUUGCUGUUGAAACCUGUGGACAGGCAAGUGCUCUGGCCCGCUUCCCUUACGCUGGAAGGUCGGAGUUGCAACGCACCAGUGCGGGAACGACUUUCAGCUCGCUGCAACGCAUCACUUCCGCCGGUGGUGUCUUUCGCCUUUGCUGGUGCCACAGUAUGCCAGAUCAAGCGUUCCUUCCACAAUGUGUCGGAUCAGCUGACGCCAAGGUUGAUGCCGGAAGCUUGUAUGUUAUCGGUGCCAACCCAUUAUCUCAGGACCGCACCUGCGUCAGCGGCCUGACUUGCAGAAUAGCUGGAAUUGAGGGUCAGGGCUUCCGGGAGGCUGACCGGUUGUUCGUCAUGGACACUUGCAGUGUUUCCUCAGCAGCUGUUUGCGGCUUCACAAACGGGGCAUCCAGUUUUCUGGAGAACAACGACGCUGCCUUCAGCUGGGGAAGCACGCGAGUCACAGCGGCUGGCGGAAUUUACCAGCUCUGCUGGUGCGGGUCCACGGACGGCGAAGGCUGCGACAGUGCUCAAAAUGCCUUGGUCACGCUUGGGUCCUUGACCCUUGUUGGGGUGAACCCGCUGUCACAGGACCGAACGUGCGUCAGCGGCCAAACUUGCAGCAUUUCAGGGCUGGGUGGUCAAGAUCUGCCGAGUGUCGGAAGUGCGCUGCUGGUUCUGGAGACGUGUGGCUUGCCCUCGUUGCCACGCGGAUUUGGUGCGGAUGUAUGGCCACUUGCCAGUGGAUUGGGCGGGAGGCAAAGCUUCCAGAGCACAGCUCCGCUGACAGCGGCGGGGGGUGUUUACCGCCUCUGCUGGUGUCCAGGCAUCCUUGUCUGCAAGGAUCCUACAGACUUCAACAUCGAUGCUGGGGGCUUGACGCUGAUUGGUCCCGACCUCCUGCACCAGGAGGUCAGUGGCCAGCCUUGCAAGGUUCUGGCUCAGGGACUUGAGCCGACAGACCAGCUGAUGGUCAUGCAGACCUGUGGUGGCACCGUCAUGGACGUUCGAGAAGCAAUGCAGGCAAGUGGGGUUGAUGCCUCUGCUUUCCAUCCACACUGGGAGCUGUCGAGAUUUCUUGCAGGAGGCAGGUAUCGCCUUUGCUGGUGUGCUGCUGGCUUCAGUUGUGGAGUUGAGGAUUUCCGAGUUGAUAUUGGUUCUCUGGAUAUGUUGGGUCCCGCACCACUUUACCAACACCGGACAUGCACCACAGGGCAGUUGUGCUCCUUUGAAACACUGCUCGGAUACCACGUUGAAGCAUCAGACUUGACGGCUGUCCUUUCGACUUGCGGCGAUGCAUCUGUGCCGAUCCGGCUGCCGAGCAGUGGUCGUCUGCAAACCACCCUGGCUGGGCAGGAUUCUUGGGACGGCCCAGUGAUUUCUGCAAGUGGCGGACGAUAUCGUUUGUGCUGGUGUGCGGCCAGUUCAUUUUCUUGUAGCAGGCUUGAGAACUAUGUCCUCGACGCAGGGGAGCUCUUCUUGAUCGGACCCAGUCCUCUGGAGCAGCAUCGGACCUGCGUGACUGGGCAAGGGUGUGCACUGCACGACAUCGCCAACAUCGAGUUCCUUCCAUUCGACACGUCGUCCAUCAUGAUUCUGGACACCUGUGGCGUAGCCCACUGGCCACAAGAAUCAACUCCCUCGGGACGAUUUGCUGUCGUGAGUGCCAGCGGGACGCCGAUGAACUGGGACGCUAAUUUGGUCAUGCCAGCGGGACAGUACCGUAUGUGCUGGUGUUCCAGUCCAGGUCACAGCUGUAGUGUCAUGGAAAGCUUCAAGGUGGACAUGGGAGAAUUGAUGAUGCUAGGGCCAGGGCCCCUCGAGCAAUCGGCUACCUGCAUCUCGGGACAUGUCUGCAGCCUGACCAUGUCAGGGCUGGGGCUCAGCGUUCGGGAUCAGGUCAUCGUCCUUGCCACGUGCUCCAACUCUGAUCCGGUGGCUGGCUUUCUUGAUGGCGGACUUUCUUCCCGCAUCCAGAGCGGGGGCAGCAACACAAAGGGGGAUGAAGGCACGUGGGCCUACGUGAACUGGGGUCAACCUCAAUCCGGUUCCCUUGGCGGCCAGUACAGGCUGUGUUGGUGUCCUGACGACUUGGACUCCGCGCGCUGUGCCGAGACAUCUGUGCGUCGAUUGGACUUCGGGUCUCUGACCGUGAUUGGGCCGGAGCUCUCACGGGAGACGGGGGUCGACUUCGCUGCGCUGCUGGUCAUAGGCCCGACGCCUCUAGCCCAAGACAGGACGUGUAUAGCCGGAACUACGUGUCUCAUGGAAAGCUUUGUCGGAGUGGACCUUUCUGCAGAUGAUGAUGUGUGGGUGCUGGAGACUUGUGGCCAGCUCGGCGAACGUGAGUCUCUGGUAGAUGUCGCUGGCUUGCAGCGCAGCAACUCGCUCCUCUUGCUUGCUGGGGGCCAGUACCGCCUAUGCUGGUGUCACGCCUCACUAUUCGGUUGCUCCUUGCCUUCUGACUUCCGCGUUGACGUAGGAAGACUUGAUGUGGCUGGCCUGGCUCCACUUCGCCAGGAUCGGACCUGCGUCAGCGGCCGGUUUUGUAACAUCGAUGGUCUGGCAGGACAUCUAAGUAUUGCAGGGCACGUGCAGGUUCUCGACUCCUGUAGUAGCUUCCAUCCAGGUGAGGCUUUGGGAGAGCCCGUGCAGAUAUCCGAUUUGACGCUUACAUGGAUCGCUCCACUGACUUUUGCUGGAGGUGAAUACAGGCUCUGUUGGUGCCCAGACCCUCAACAAUCGGCCGCGAAUCGAAGCUCCAUCUGUACCGUCCCACAAGAUUUCAGCGUCGACUUCGGGAAAUUCACGCUGCUGGGGCCAGGCCCAUUGCAACAAGACAGGACAUGCAUUAGUGGUGAGACUUGUCGUAUAUCUGGACUGCUGGGUCAGCUUUCUGAUGCGGACAGGAUCGUAGUGAUGGAGACAUGUGCUGAAAGCGUUGGUCGAACAUCUCCCGAUCUUCUGUACAGCGCGCUGGCCGUAUCAACUGGGGCAACAGCCAUGGCCGACAUGAUGCUCACUUACGCAGGGGGCCAAUACCGACUAUGCUGGUGUGUCGAGCACGGAUCGGGUUCAUGUGACAACAUUGCUGACUUCACCACGGAUUUCGGGGGGCUCCAGCUGCUGGGGCCCCGGCCACUUUUGCAACAUCGCACCUGCGUGAGCGGCUCCAGAUGCAAUCUUCGUAGCUUCGAAGGCGUCGGACUGUCAGUCGGAGAUCAGCUGCUUGUGAUGGAUACAUGCGUCGUUGGCGAGGUUCUGCCGCAAUUUCCUGCAGGCAUAGUGCAACAGGUGAGUGCAUCGGGAGCCCAAAUGUCAUGGGAUCCGGCAGCUGUGACUUCAAGAGGCGGAGUGUACCGCUUGUGCUGGAAAGCAGGUUCUCCCAGAGUUGCAAACCUUUCUGCUCUCAAUGCCCCGUGGCCACCGGGAAUCGUGGCUUCCGACUUCCAAGUGGAUAUUGGAAGUUUGACAAUCGUCGGAGUAAGCCUUUUCGAGCAAGACCGCACAUGUGUGAGCGGUCGGACUUGCCAAAUUGAUGGUGUUCGGGGACUUCAUCUUUCAGAGUCGGACCGGGUCCUGGUGCUUGACACGUGUUCGGCAGGAACCUUGGCACCUGGAUGGCCAGAAGCCGGCUACGCUGUGGAAGUGUCGGCGAGUGGAGCGAUUGUCUCAUGGGGUGCAGAGAUGGUUUCUGGCUCAGGUGGAGCGUAUCGCAUGUGCUGGUGCUCUGGCUCUGCGAAUGAGAACGGAACUUCGUGGAGUGGUUCGGCUUGUGGCCACAGCUCAGGAGGUACCAUUGGCUUAGUAGACAUGGGAAGAAUGCUUCUCAUCGGGCCAAGCCCUUUGCGACAGCAUCGUACAUGCGUCUCAGGACGAGCAUGCGCAGUAGAUGGACUUGUGGGUCAUAGUUUGUCUGCAUCCAGCCAAUAUUUGGUGACUGACACAUGUGGCCUAGCUGGUGCCAUAAACCGUUUUCCGGGCUUUGGUGCAGCGACAACGGUGCUCGGAAGUGGCUCCUCUGUUUCCUGGGGCCCAGAACUGAUCACCGCAUCUGGGGGCAUCUACCGGCUGUGCUGGUGCGAGAAAGUGUCAGGAAGUGGAGACUGUUUGUUCGCCGGCCAGUUUCAAGUCGAUAUUGGGGAAAUGCAGCUUCUGGGACCCACCCCUCAGGACCAGAAGGGAACUUGCGUGAGUGGACACACAUGCGUUCUGACUGGCAUAGAAGGGCUCCACUUACGGACAGGAGACAGGGCCUUGAUUCUGGAUACAUGUUCGCAUGCUCUGCAGCCUCCGCGCAUGCCAGACCCUGGCUACUUGAGUUACGAGGCUGUGGCUCAGAACUUCUCAACAUGGAGGAGGGUGCUCAGCUGGAGCAGAAUUUCAUCUGCUGGCUCGGAGUACCGACUCUGCUGGUGUUCGAUUUCAGGUCCUGAAACCUGCAGGGAGUCGGUAGACUUUGGCAGCCUGGAGCUUGUCGGGCCAAAUCCGCUUCAGCAGCACCGUACCUGUGUCGCCGGUCAGACAUGCACACUUGGCCGCAUAACCGGAGCACAUUUGUCCCUGACUCAUGAUCGCCUUCUGGUUAUGGAGACCUGCGGCACCUACAGCAGCUUGCGUGGCUUUCCCGAUGCUGGUGUGGCUCGCCUGUCUGGAGCCGACGUAGCAUUCAAUGGCUCUGCAGAGGUCCAGGUCGAAGCCUUGGAAGUGAAGUGGACGACGCCAGUCUCGAGUGCUGGAGGUCAGUAUCGCCUGUGCUGGUGUUCCACUCUUUCCGAUGAGAGCUGUGUGAAUUUGCCAAGCACGCAGACGGACAUUGGUGAACUGACUCUGAUUGGCUUCGCGCCACUGGCACAGGACAGAACGUGUGUAAGCGGCCAGACAUGCAAGUUCUUGGAUAUGGAAGGUCUGCACCUUCCCAACAACAGCCGCCUUCUUGUCCUUGAGACUUGCGGGAAGCCGGCUCUCGUGGAGUCCUUUCCAACAGUGGCACUUCUACUGAAUUCCACGACACAUGACCUAGAAGUUCAUUUCGACAGGGUACUUACGGCAGCGGGCGGCGACUAUCGGAUGUGCUGGUGUGCGGGUGCUUCAUUUCACUGCGAAUCUGCAGAGGAUUUCGGAGUCGAUGUGGGGCGGCUGCAUGUUGUUGGUGUAAGUCCAAUGCUUCAAAGUCGGACAUGUGUCAGUGGACAGACGUGUGAAUUUGGGAACAUUAUGGGCACAUCCCUGAACAGAGACGAUCUGCUGGCCGUUCUGGACACUUGUGGCAUCCAGGGUGUGCUUCCCAGAUUUCCAACAUUUGCGCAGGUUAGCCUGCUGCAUGGUGAGUCGGCUACCUUCUCCUUCGGCAUCAGUCCAGUCACUGCUGCUGGAGGCAAUUACCAGCUGUGCUGGUGUGCAGCGAAGCACCAAGCUUGUGGAACUGCGGACAGCUUCAGGGUCCAGGUGGGUGAUUUGCUGGUGUUGGGCCCAUAUCCUCUGUCACAGAUUCGGACCUGCGUGAGUGGCCAGAGCUGUCUGGUGGAUCCUGUCAUUGGUUCCUUCGUUUCCAGCUUUCGCCUCAGAUUUGUAGCAGGUUUUACCGGCAGUGAUGUUGUCUUGGUGCUGGACACCUGCGGCAACAGUCAAAGCUCUGAGGACGACCGCCUGCUGCUCCAGACCUGGACCGGCAACAGAUCAACAACGCUCUGGGGCGACGGGACGCCAGUAGUCAUGACUGGCGGGCAGUAUCGUUUGUGCUGGUGUGCGGUGCUUUCAGGAGUGCAGGACACCAAUGUUUCCAAUUCGAGCUCAAGACCUGAGUGUGCUGCUGCUUCGCAAUUCGUGGUGGAUACUGGUGAGCUUGUGGUCGUCGGAGUUGCGCCAAUGCGUGCGCAGCACCGCACGUGCGUGGCUGGACUCCCAUGCUCUGUGGCUGGAAUUACAGGAUUGCAUUUGUCCAGUGAUGAUCGCGUGCUGGUGAUGGAGACAUGCGGAACAGCCCGAGUGGACGGCUUCCCUGACUUCCAGGAAGUCACGACGACCGAGGGCUGGCUCGCGGUAAGCUGGGGUACGGCAACCAUCAGCGCACCAUCUGGGCAAUAUCGCCUCUGCUGGUGCUCUAGUUUAGAGAUGUGGCCACUGGCAAAUGCCUCAUCCGUCUCAUGCAGCCUGCUUGCCUCCUUUCGGGUUGAUAUUGGCGAGCUCAUGCUGACUGGUCCAGGCCCAUUGGCACAGGAUCGGACCUGCAUCAGCGGGCGGACGUGUGCAUUCGAUGGAAUCUCCGGCAUUGGCUUUCGCGGAAACGAACGAUACCUCGUCCUUGACACUUGUGCGAUCGACACUUACUUGCAUGGCUUCCCGACAGCGGGAUUUGCAGAGAACUGGACCGUAGAUGGCCGGAUUGAAUGGGGCGAUGAGAUAGUGACUGCAAGUGGUGGCAGCUACCGGCUGUGUGCAUGUAUGAAGGGCACAGCAGACUGCAACUUUGCACAAGAGUAUGUCUUGGACGUCGGUGAGCUGCUCUUAAUUGGACCCGAACUCUUUCAAGAUCGGACCUGCAUUUCUGGCCAGGCGUGCGAACUGCUUGCCAUUUACGGACAUUCCUUGUCAGCAGAGGAUUCUGUGGCAGUGCUUGAUACAUGUGGAACCCACGCUCUGCCUGAGCGGUUUCCAGUGGAUGCCUUGGUCACUUUCCAGGCAGCUGACAGCCUGCUGUCUGUGAACUGGCAGGACGUGCAAGUCACGAGCUUGGGGGGCCAGUACCGCUUGUGCUGGUGUGGCGGUAGCAGUUUGCAGAACUCCUCGGCUGUUGAUGUGACGGCUCAGGGCCCAUGCCAGACCUUGGAGGGAUUCCGAACGGAUUUCGGCCAACUCUCCAUCAUUGGACCAUCGCCAUCUCUGCAGGAUCGAACCUGUGUGUCGGGUCAGUCUUGCAUAUUCGAUGCACCUGCCGGUAUGUACUUGUCAUCAACGGAUGCUUUCCGUGUGUUGGCUACCUGUGGCAUCGAAGACUUCACACCAGGAUUGCCUGAAUCACACUUGCAGAUGGUUCUUCAAAGGGGAGCCAGGUCCCUGACUUUGGGCGCUGAGCCUGUGACGGCCUAUGGUGGACAGUAUCGGAUCUGUUGGUGUUCGGACAGGUAUCCAUGCAGCGGCGCCGAACAGUUUGGCCUCGAUGUCGGCGAACUCCUCUUGAUUGGCCCAAGACCACUCGUGCAGCAGCGAACAUGUGAAGCCCUGCCCUGCACGGUGAGUGGGUUCAGUGGCCUCCACCUCACCUCCAUGGACUCGGUAGCAAUUCUCGACACCUGCAGAGAGCCAACCACAAGCCAGGAUGCAUCUCUUGGGUUCUUGGCGAUGGCACUAAGUGUCGGAGCAUCUGGCAGGGGCUCUGCUCCGCUUGAAGGAAGUGUCAGAAUCCACCAGCAAGUUGUGGGCGGAACAUACCGUCUGUGCUGGUGUGCAGGUUCCUAUGUCUGCUCCUUAUUCGAAGAUUUUCGGGUGGAUGUCGGCAGCGUGUCCUUCGUUGGUCUAGGUGCUGGGCAGCACAGAACAUGUGUCAGUGGCCAGACAUGUACCUGGUCGGGCGUGGAUUUCUGGCUAGAGUCAGCAACCGAUGGCCGGCUGGUUGUGCUGGACACGUGUAGCACAGGUGCAAGCCGUGCACCACUUCCAAAUGGCGCUGUGGUGCCGGAGUGGGGCUUCGAAUCCACCUUUGAUGCAUGGGCAGGUGCAGAGCGUGUGACGAUGUGGGCCUCAUGGGGCAGUCAAAGGUUGUCUGGAGCGGGUGGGGAGUACCGUGCAUGCUGGUGUGAUUGGGAUUGCCCGGAUGGCGACGGCAAGCUGUUCAUGGACGUGGCUUCCAUCAGCAUUGUGGGUCCAGACCCGCUUUGGCAGCACAGGACCUGUGUUCAAGGCCAGCCUUGCCUCCCGAGCAUUUCUGGCCGCGACCUUUCGGACGACGAUCGAUACAUGGUCUUGGACACCUGUGGAGAUCAGUCCAAGUUGUCCACCUCAAGCAUGACUGGGAAGCUGCUGUCGCGGAACGAGGAUGCCCUCACUGUGGGUGGUGGAGAAUACCGCCUGUGCUGGUGUGCUGCCGGCUUUCCGUGUCUUGGGGCUUCUGACUUCCUGGUUGAUGUUGGCACCUUGACUGUCAUUGGCAUCAGCUGCGAAGAGUCGCAGUGCCACCCUGAUCGCACAUGCGUGAGUGGCCAGCCCUGUACGAUCGAUGGCAUUGCCGGACUUCACUUGACAAAGGAUGACAGACUAGCCGUACUCGAUACCUGCGGGGACCAGAUGCCGCCGCACUUAUUGGGCCACUUGGCCGAUGCUCCUUACAAUAUCCGCUCGGUGGCAUGGGAUACCGAUUACCUGAUUGCAUCUGGUGGUGUCUACCAGCUCUGCUGGUGUGCUGGCACAUUUGGAUGCUCGCUUACCGAGGAGUUUCGGGUCGAAGCAGGUGCGCUAACAAUCAUCGGCCCUGCUCCCAUGGAGCAGCACCGGACAUGUGUGAGUGGGCAGAACUGCGUCAUUGAAGGCUUCGAUGUCCUCUUUCCGACGACUUCAGACUCCCUGAUCGUGCUGCAGACGUGCGGCGAGGCCUUAUCUGAGGAGGAACCUUCCAUGAGCCAUGUCGUUGCUACGCUGGGGGCCAGUGGGUCCAGGGUCGACUUCGGUGACGCCUUCUUCACGGCCUCGGGUGGCGAGUAUAGGCUUUGCUGGUGCUCGGGCAACUUCGGCUGCAACCUGCCAAGUGACUUUCGAGUGCAGCUCGGGUUGCUCAAGAUCGUUGGCCUAGCGCCGCUCAACCAAGACAGGACUUGCAUUAGUGGUCAGACCUGUGUAGUUCAUGGACUCACGGGUGAGGGCCUGUCUACCUCUGCCCGAGUCAUGGUGCUGAAUUCUUGCGGGACAGCAGAUCUGGUCUCCGGUCUGGUCCUAAACGGGGUCGCCGAAGCCGUGGAAGACCAGGGCGCUACCAUGACUUGGGGCAGCGCGUCAUUUACAGCUCCUGGAGGCAAGUAUAGGCUGUGCUGGUGCCAAGAAUAUACGAACAGCAGUGAUUGGACAGACCGAUGCCGGACGCCCAUCAGUUUUGCACAAGACGCAGGUGUCAUGACGAUCGUGGGCAUUGCACCACUGCGCCAAGACUACACUUGCAAUGUCGGCAGCAUCUGUUCUUUGCGAGGCAUUUCUGGUGAAGGUCUGCUGGCAGAAGACAGCCUUCUGGUCUUGGACACAUGUGCACGUGGAACUCCUCCCGCAGGUUUUCCAAUCGCACUGGAUAACACGAGCCUUCCCACGAGACGAAUGACCGGAACAAAAUUCAACAUCCAGUGGGAUUCGGCAGCUGUCACUGCUGGAGGUGGUGUUUAUCGGCUCUGCUGGUGCUCUUACUUCGCGCAGUGUAGCACAGCUGAAUCAUUCCGAGUUGACAUGGGCGCACUGACGUUGGCGGGACCAAGCCCCAUACAACAGACCCACACCUGCGUCUCUGGCCGCAUCUGUGCUCUGCCACAGGUCUCUGUGGUUCCUUCGGACUUGGACGCUGGCGAGGUGGCAGUUCUCAGCUCUUGCAGUUUCUUUACCUCCUGGGCUCCACCUGGCUUUGCAGACCGGGGACAGCUGUUGAGCGCCCCGACCCUGCCAAUGACCGCACCUGGUGGUCACUACACUCUGUGCUGGAACCCGGCGCGAAACAAUGCUAAUCGAACUGUAGAUGCUGACAUCGGGGAGUUCCAGACGCGGCCGGACCGCACCUGUGUUGGCGGGCAUGCGUGCUCCUUGGCAGGUCUGCAAGGGGAAGGUUUGACUCUGUCGGAUGAAAUCCGCAUCAUGGACACCUGUGGCUUGGACAGGGUCAUUCCGCGGUCCCCAAGAUCUGGUCACUUCACAAUGGUCUCGAGAAGUGGUGCCGCUGUCACUUGGGGCGCACAGGAAAUCACAGCCGCGGGGGGAAUUUACAGACUGUGCUGGUGGUCCGGUUUCCCAAGCACUGCUUUAAAUUCCACGGUGGUGUCGGAUCCUGACACUCCGGGUGAAGAGUUUGUCGUGGAUCUAGGUAAGCUGGAAAUUAUCGGACCAGCACCCCUGCAGCAGGACAGAACCUGUGUGAGUGGACAGACUUGCCACCUGGUCGAAGUGGAGGGUUUGGGCCUGACAAGCCUCAACAAGUGGAUGGUCCUCGACACUUGUGGUACUGGACCCCAGACACGAGGCAUAGGUCCUGAUUUGGUUGCUGCCAGUGGCUUGCAGUGGAUAUGGAAAGAUCCAUUCAGCGCUGCUGGAGGCGAAUAUCGCCUGUGCUGGUGUGCCAGUCUGCCACAGUCAGGCAAUUUCUUGAGCGAGUCCAACCAGAGCAACGCAACGAAUCUGACCCUGACACAGGAUGUCAUGGCUAGCAAUCGGACGGAUGCAUUGGACUGCCUUCUACCUGAAGAAUUCUCUGUUGAUGUGGGCAAGUUUUCGGUGAUUGGAGUUGCUCCGUUGGAGCAGCAUCGAACCUGCGUCAGUGGACAGAGCUGCCGCUUCUCGGGCAUCUCACUCAUGAACACACCGGAUGCUCCAGGAAGCUACAUGGACUCCGACAGCAUCUCCCUGAAUCGUGACCAUUCUUUUGCAUUCGGAUUGCGGUAUCCAGAAGACUUAGCUGUCGCUUGCAGCGCUGGGGCAGAAUGGAUCGGUGCUCGAUUCAUGUGGCGCCUCGCGCCCCGCUUUUUCCGUCGGGAUAUUGAUGCGGUGUUCGCGGAAUCGUCGCCAAAUGCCACACAGCACUGGCCUGAUGGAUUCAACUUCGGAUCAUCUGCAUCCGUCUCAUGGGGCGACUUUGCUGACAGCAGUCUUGUCCGGAUGAUGGUCUGUGCGAGCGUGCGAGUGCCUUUCGCGCUGCCAGGAGCCAUACCGGUUGUGCUGGUGCGCGUCCCCAGCCUUCUCCUGCAGCUUGACAGAGGCCAUGGGAGCGUGCAAACGGAGGCACUUUGCACGUGCAUGGCUUCUCCGGAGGAUUUUCGGUUGGACGCGGGAACCUUCACCUUGAUCGGCAUGAGCCCAUUCAACCAGGUGUGCUUCACCGAUGGCUUCUCGGGCCAGCAUCUGUCAGUCAACGACAGUCUCCUCGUUGUCGACACCUGUGGCAGCCCAGAGUUGGAAGCUGAGCCAAGCGAUCAAGACAUGGAUGGUACGGUGCAUGCCUUGGCGGUUGGCAUAGAACAACUGGUGUUCUACAAUGAAGCCACUGAAGCACACAGGCUCUGCUGGUGUGGCGAUUUGCAGCCGUGCAGCACAUCAGAGCACUUCAGGUUCGACGUUGGGGGUCUCUUUUUGCUCGGCCCGGCGCCUCUGGAGCAGCACAGGCCACAGCCACAGCAUUGCCAAGCUGCUGGCCAACCAUGCAAGCGGGAAGCAGCCGACAAUGCAGAGCAGCAGGCGGUCAAUACCGGCUUUGCUGGUGCAGUGGCUUGGAACCAGACAAUGCCGAAUUCCACGACAACAUGGACUGAUGAUCCCAACACGUGGGGCACUUCAUGUAUGCGGGGGGAAGACUUCGACAUUGAUGUUGGCACGUUCACAGUUGUCGGGCCGUCUCCUGUUUCGCAGCAGAUGACAUGUGUUGCUGGGUGGACAUGUGCACUCGAGAUAUCUGGUGCCGGCAUUCGCAACGUCGAUCGUGCAAUGAUUCUGGAGACUUGUGGUGUGGCUUCAUCUGUGGAGGGAUUACCAAGCUCGCCGGGAACCGAAGUUGUCCGGGCACCAGGUGGUUCCUACCAGCUCUGUUGGUGUGCAACAUCUGGUCUGUUGAGCUGCAGAUUGUCCGUAGAGUUCACGUUUGGCUUUGGACAGCUGCACAUCUUGGGUCCCAUGCGUGGGCAAGAUCGGACAUGCGUGGCCGGACAAACUUGCGUUGUGGAUGUCCUCGGGCUGGGUCUGUCGGAUGAAGAUCAGUUCUUGGUGGCAGAGACUUGUGGAGCCUUUACGACCCUGCCCAGAUUCCCUUCGUCAGGUCUUUCCGAGUCUGUUUCGACGGCCCGGAACUCUACUGAGCUGUCAGUGAGGUCGUUUACCAUUUCUUGGGGCCUGACACUUGUGACAUCCCAGGGUGGAGACUACAGGCUUUGCUGGUGUUCUCAUGCUGCUUCGCAGAUCGCGGAUCGUUCGUGCUCUCUUCACCCGGCCUUUCUCGGCAUUGGCAAUUCCUCUGGAGCAGGUGAAAUGCUGCAGCCUGCGGCCAACCACGGCUUUCUGUUCGAUGCAGGAAGGCUUCGGGUUCGUGGGGUGUUCCCACUGGACCAGGCCCGUACUUGCAUUUCUGGCCAGACAUGCCAAAUAGAUGCCAUCACAGGCAUCGACCUAAAGAACGGAGAUGCUGUGAUGGCUUUGGAGACCUGCGGUGUCAAUCAGGCGAUCAACCGCUUUGCCUGGACAGGGCUGGCGACAAGCGUGGCGGCCAGCGGUUCCACGUUCUCCUGGGGCCCUGAACCGAUCACGGCAGCCGGAGGGGUCUACCGUUUGUGCUGGUGUGCAGCAUCAAGUCAUGGCUGCGAGAUUCCGAGCAAGUUUGCGGUUGAUUUCGGAUCUCUCAUGCUGCUUGGGUCUGAGACCGAGCACAUCCGUCAUUCGCGAACUUGUGUUGCGGGCACGACGUGCCGCUUGCAUCAAGUUGAAGGCCAAGAGUUGCCUGCUGGUAGCCAGCUGCUUAUCCUGGACAGCUGUGGCACUGCCAGCCAAGUACCCCGAUUCCCGGCGAUCUCGAUCCCGGCUCACGAUUCGAAUUGGACAUAUACGAGCCUCGAGUUUGGAGUGGUGACAGCAGCUGCAGGGCAGUAUCGACUUUGCUGGUGUGGUGGGCAGACGGGCUGCACUGAUGCACAGCAGUUUAAAUUCGAUGCUGGUAGCUUCACUUUGCUGGGACCGGGGCCUCUGGAGCAACACAGGACAUGCGUUAGUGGACAGCCAUGUGCCAUCGAGGGGCUCACGGGCAUCGGACUAGAAGACCUCAACGCUGGCACCUUUUCCGUUCUCGAGACCUGUGGCAUCGCACCCUGGAAGUCGACUUUCCCACCUGUGUCUUCGAUCCGAGUAACUGCUGGAUCAGAAGAGGUUGCAGUAUUCUGGAAUGCCUCGAUACUUCGGCAAGGUGGCCAACACAGACUCUGCUGGUGUCCCAGGCCUUCAGGCUGCACGGCUGAAGCAGACUUUUUGACGGACGUCGGUCGAAUUGAGCUCGUCGGGGUGUCACCUCUGCCGCAGCACCGGACAUGCGUCAGUGGACAAACUUGCGAGUUUGAUGGAAUCACCGGGCAUUAUCUAUCUGAUCAAGAUGUCUACCUGGUGGCUGAUACGUGUGGCACUACUUUAGGAGUGCCACGAUUCUUGGGAAAAAGCAGCUUCUCCACUUCAGUAACAGCUUCUGGAGCACGUGUUUCGUUUGGAUCCGUGCCAGUCACAGCUGCAGGUGGUCACUUCAUGCUCUGCUGGUGUUCCGGCACUCUUGCAAACGGCUGCCGCAACCAGGCUGACUUUCAAGUCGUUGCAGGCACACUCAGCUUGUUGGGACCGGCUCCGCUCCGGCAGGACAAGACAUGCAUCAGUGGGCACACCUGCAGCUUUGAAAUGACCAGCCACCUACCGCACGCAGGAAAUUCCUUCCUGGUUGUGGACACAUGUGGCACAAAUAGUCUGCCACAUGGUGUCUCCUCAACACCCUUCCAAACUACGAUGUAUCUCUCAUCUUUUUCAGUGGGCUUCGUGGAUGCAGACGGAGAUGGCAUUACUGCCUGCGGAGGAGACGAGUGCUUCAACGAUCCGUUCAAAAUCUACGGUGGAAUCUGUGGCUGUGGCGUCGCCGACGUCGACACAGACGGUGAUGGUCUAGUGGACUGCUUGGAUUGGUGCCCCCUGGAUCCAAACAAGACAGCUCCUGGAUACUGCGGAUGUGGCGACACCGAAGAUGACACGGACGGAGACGGUGUGCUUGAUUGUGCUGACAAAUGCCCCCUUGAUCCAACGAAAACCAACCCUCAGCUGUGUGGCUGUGGAGUGCCAGAUACAGACUCAGACAUCGAUGGUACCCCAGACUGCUAUGACAAGUGCCCCAGCCAGCCAGACAGUGUUGCUGGGGUGUGCCAGUGUGCCGCGAGCUUUGCCGACGAUGACUUCGACGGAACCCCCAACUGCAAUGAUCUGUGUCCGCUGGAUCCACUGAAGCUGGCGCCCGGGCCAGGAGGCUGUGGCACUCCCGACACAGACAGCGAUGGAGAUGGCACCGUUGACUAUUUGGACAUGUGCCCCCUCGACGCUGGCAAAGUCGAGUAUGGUGACUGCGGAUGCGGGGUUUCGGACAUCGACUCGGACUCUGAUGGCUUGCCUGACUGCGUCGAUGCAUGUCCGCUUGACAGUGGCAAGAACCUGACAGGUAUCUGUGGCUGUGGGAUCUCGGACGAGGAUCCUGAUGGGAACCGAAGGCCAAUUUGCUUCCCAGAUUGUCCUCCAGUCUCAACCUCCAGCCAAUACGUCGUCUCUGUGGCCGGACUUGGCAGAGAACAGAUCUCAAUGGCAGGUGGCCAAUAUCGCCUCUGCUGGUGUGCUGGCAAGUCGGGCGGGCCAGUCAAUGGCAGCAACGUGUCUAAUGAGAGCAGCAGCACCGGCUACAGCUGCUCCCACUUGGAAGAUUUCAAGGUCGACUUCGGUGGCCUGUUUGUCAUGGGGGUCGCACCACUGAAGCAGUCCAGGACCUGCGUGAGUGGCUCCUCCUGCGUUGUCGAGGGAUUCACUGGCUUUGGCCUCACCUCAGCCGAUGGUUACAUGAUCUUGGAGACCUGUGGUGUCCACUCGGGACCUCUUCUCACAUUGCUUCCUUUCGACAGCUAUGGAAACGUUAGCAACGGAUGGUCAAUAACACGGCGCUGGGUGAGGGAGACCCAGGUCUCUGGUGGCUUCUACAGGUUGUGCUGGUGUGCGGACCACUUUGACAACGUGACCUCUUGGUGUCAGCAUGCAGAAUACCACACAGUUGACGUCGGAACCAUGUCCUUGGCAGGACCAGAACUCUCCCAGGUCGGAUGGACGUGCGUGUCUGGGCAGGGAUGUGUUCUGGAUGCCAUCACCGGCCAUGCAUUGUCGUCCCUCGAUGCCCUUAUCGUUCUGGAGACCUGUGGAACAGCUUCUUCUGGCACUGCGGGCCUCCCACGGCCAGAGGCUCCGCUGGAACUGCUUUCUUCGCUUCAUGGCCGUGCAUCGUGGCAUGGUCCUUUGACCAUCCCCGGAGGUCUGUGCUGGUGCGCUGGCAUAGAGCAGCAGUCAUCAAGUAUUUUGAAUGGCUCCUGCAUUGCUGGCAAUGACACAGCUCCUGCAGAGCACUUUGCUCUGGACGUUGGGCGUGUCACUGUGCUCGGCACUGCGCCCCUCACUCAGGAUCGCACUUGUGUUGCAGGCCUGCCUUGCCACAUCGAUGGCAUUACCGGCCACGGAUUGACAGACGAUGACAAAGUGCUGGUACUUCACACGUGUGGCAAUGUGGCUCAUGUUAGCGGAUUUCCAGGUUAUGGUGCAAUGCGACAUACAUCAGCAUCUGGAGCAUCCGUGUUCUGGGCUUCUCCAGUCACAGCUCUUGGAGGGCAGUAUCGCUUAUGCUGGUGCUCCUUUGGCCAACAUUGCAGCAGUGGCGAGCAGUUCCGCACUGACUUUGGUAGCUUCACUCUCGUGGGGCCCAGCGGCUCCAACCAAGACAGGACGUGCAUCGCUGGACUCAGUUGUGUAGUGCAGGCCAUUGCAGGGCAAGAUUUGUCUGUCCUAAAUCAGUACGCUGUGUUGGACACCUGCGGAGUCGCAAGUCCCAUAGCUGGCAUGCCGCCACUAGAGACGACUGCCCACAAUGCCGCAGUUACCUCUGUCACGGUGACAGCCGUGGCUGGCCAAUACAGGCUCUGCUGGUGCAGUGGCCUACUGAACCAAACACCAGUUGGGUCGAAUUUGACAGAUAACCAAUCGAACGGCUCCGGCUACCAGUCUUUCCUCCCAUGGUGGAACACGAGCCUUGUCAAUCUGAGCUCACCCUCCAACGACACCGCCGUCCCAUGUCGAACCGCUGAGGAGUUUCGGAUGGAUGUGGGCGCGUUGCUUCUGAUUGGAGCGACCACAUUAGCAAGUGACUUUACAUGUGUAUCUGGUAGAGAUUGCGAGGUUGACCACAUAGUUGGCAUCAGCCUGAGCGACGGGGACUCCAUCGUUGUGCUUGAUACGUGUGGAAGACCAGGCGCCCCAUUGCAGCCUCGAGCUCUUGCCAACGGCACACAUGCAGCCUGGCAGACCAUCACAACACCAGGGGGCGUAUAUCGAUUGUGCUGGUGCAGUGCAUCCAAGCAGUGUCACGGGGCCGAAGACUUUGAUCUAGACAUUGGAAGGCUCUUCGUCUUGGGUCCACGGCCUCUGUCACAAGACCGGACUUGUGUAAGUGGGAUGGAGUGUGCGGUGAAUGGUAUUGAGAGUUACGGAAUGCUGCAGGGAGGUAGCAUUGCGAUUCUCAGCACCUGUGGCCUUGUUGAUGGAACGGAUAUAUGGGCUGCGCUUCCUAUGAGCUUUGCAUCGCAGCAGCAGCCGGGAAGUAGUGUUUUCUCGUCAAGUUUGGUGACCGACGUUGAGAUUACGGCUGCCGGGGGCAAGUACAAGCUCUGCUGGUGUGGCUCCUGGGCCGGUGGCUGCGACAGAUCUGAGGACUUUCAGGUCGACUUCGGCAACUUCUUCUUGGUGGGAGUCUCCCCUCUUCGGCAAGACCGCACCUGCUUCGCUGGCGCUGCUUGUGUCUUAGCGGACAUCUCCGGCCAUGGAAUUGCCGCAGAAUCUUCGGUUCUGGUGCUGGGGACAUGUGGUCUUGGUCGGGCAACGCUCAUGAGAUCCUGGUGGGAUGAAGCUUCCAUCAGCUCUGCCAGUGGCUCGGUGACCUCGUGGCGCAUGGUUCCCUCCUCUGGCCCAGGAGGGCAGUAUCGCUUGUGCUGGUGCUCCCGGCAACCCUGCAGCGUGCGUGAUGCGUUGGUGGACUUUGGCCAGUUGACCUUAGUGGGCCCGGAGCCCCUUUAUCAGCAUCGGACGUGUGUGAGCGGGCUUGCAUGCGAGUUGAGCGGACUAACUGGGACUUUCUGGAGUGGAGACAUCUGGGUGCUGGAUACAUGUGGAACGCGAAGUGGCUUGAUUAGCAGAUUUGCGACAGACGGCCGUUCUCUCAUCUCGAUGCCUGAAGGCACUGUCAGCUUCAACUAUCCGGUUUCAGCCGCAGGCGGACAGUAUCGCAUUUGCUGGUGUUCAGAUGGUUUCCUCAAUCACAGCAAUUCGACAGAUGAUCUUGCUCGACGCGGCUGCAGCUUUGCCCCGGAGUUUGUUAUGGAUAUCGGAGAAUUGCUGCUUGUUGGAGUGUCACCACUUGCGCAAGAUCACACUUGCAUUGCUGGGCAAAGCUGCCAUCUUCCAGACUUGCGGGGAUUUGGCUUGUCUGCUCUGGACACAGUCGCUAUCCUCGACACCUGCGGGCAACAGUUCUUGCAACGCUGGCCGGCGGAGCCCACGAUACUCGAAACAGAUGGCAAGCUCAGCGUAUCUUGGAGCUUCGUCACAGCAGCAGGCGGCCAGUAUCGGCUGUGUUGGUGUCCUGGGUUGUCUUGGACCUCGGGGGAGGCGGAGGAUGAUUUCGAUCCCUGGGCUUCAAAUGACACUUGGAACGGAAGUGGGACCCCUGUGCAAAGCUUCCAGAGAAAAUGUCCUUCCACGGAGUCUAUGAUUGUGGACUUUGGUGCAUUGACACUUAUAGGUCCAACUCCCUUAUACCAGGAAUACACAUGCGUCAGUGGCCAAACCUGUGAAUUGGAGCAUGUGGAGGGUCUUCACCUGCAGGAGGGAGAUCGUAUCCAAGUUCUGGAGACCUGUGCAGUGAGUGUGCAAGGCACGGUGCCGUCGCGCAUGCCUGCAGGAGGUCUGCUACAGGCCUUUGCUCUUGGCAACAACAGUCUUGCUUUCUCCCUCGGCGAGGUGGAUGUACCGAUCUCUGCGGUUGGAGGGACUUAUCGCCUUUGCUGGUGCUCGGCAGACGUCGACUGCAGGGCCUUGGAGUCUUUUCGGGUGGAUAUCGGACAGCUCACGGUGCUGGGUGCACGCUCAGGCAGCUUCACAUGUGUCAGCGGUAGUAGGUGUCACAUUGAUGGAGUUCCGGGGCUUUUCGCAAGCUCGGCUUUCAUGAUACUUGACACCUGUGGCAUGGGCGCCUCGAUCGACCAGGGACAGAUGAUUCAAAGUUCUGGUAGCAUGUCCGGGGUGUCGGGAGUGCUAAGUGCCUCUGGUGGGCAGUACAGGCUCUGUUGGUGUGGCUCUUCCGAGGAGACCUGGAUACAAGGGGACAACUACAGCAACUCUUCAGUCAGUGCGUUGCGAACCUUAGGUUGCGCGACAUCCAAAGACUUCCAAGUUGAUGCUGGCGAGAUUCAUCUGGUGGGACCGGUUCUUGGCCAAGCGCGCACAUGCAUUGGGGGUCAGUUGUGCCGCAUUGAAGGGCUUGUUGGCUACGGCUUGGCCCCGAGUGAUCGCCUGCUUGUCAUGAACAGCUGCGGCAGCAUUUCUGCUCUACCUGCAGGAUUUCCUACCGCAGGUACGGCCUUAGUGCCAACGAACAGAACCGUGGCAACCAACAUUUCAGACUUCUGGAACACCAUUGUGACAGCAGCCGGGGGUACGUAUCGUCUAUGCUGGUGCAGUGAGCUUGAUGCCAGCUGCUCAGCAUCUCAAGACUUUUCCGUGGAUGUGGGAGACUUUACAUUGCUUGGUCCACGACCCUUGGAGCAACACCGAACUUGCAUCAGUGGCCGGGCCUGCUUUCUGGCAGCCUCGCCGGAUCAUGGCCUGGAAGGGCUCGGAGUUGACCCGGCGGCGGAUGGGCUGCUGGCAAUUCCGCUCGCAUCCACCUGCGGGACUCUUGGUGCGAGGAAUAUCGACGGCACAACAUCCUACCUUGCUGUGCCCAGCGGCUCCUCCCCGGUAACGGUUGUACAGGCGGUGCCUCGCAUGAGCGAGCCCGGUGGCCUUUAUCGGCUUUGCUGGUGCAGCUCUCAGGCCUUGUCCUGCAUGGCGCAGCACCAUUCUGUGCAGGUCGGUCUUCUGACCGUCAUUGGCCCUGCGCCUUUGAAGCAGGAUCGAACCUGCAUAUCAGGAGCCAGCUGCAUAGUGGACCUUGAGGGAUCGUUUGUCGAUGCAAGAGUAGCGGGGAUGCUUAUGGUGCUGGAAACAUGUGGCCUUGCAACUCUGCUGCCGCGCUUCCUUCCAGAUGGUGUAGUGCCACUUCCUGGGACAGAAGCGAACAAGUCGGCCAACAUGUCGGCUUUGCAAAUCAGUGCUGCCGGUGGGCUUUACCGCAUGUGCUGGUGUGCAAACACGCUUCCGGCGUCUCUUCUUAAUGAGUCUUUUGCAGAUUCUGGUCUUCGCCUCGAAGCUUGCAGCGUCGGUGCCUUGACGGUUGUGGGGCUUGCUCCCCUUGAGCAGCAUCGAACCUGCAUCAGUGGUCAGAUGUGUGUGGUGGAUGGGAUCAGCGGACGGCAUCUCACGUUUGACGACAAGCUCCUCCUGCUAGAAACAUGUGGCACGGUGCUCGGUGAUGCUCGUGGCUGGGGCCGAGGAUCAGGGAUGGCAGUGGCCGAUUCGCUCGUCGCUACCGAUACCUUCUCAACGAUGAUCUUUUCCUGGGGCUCGGAGAAGCUCAGCCUAGCUGGGGGACAGUACCGGCUUUGCUGGUGCUCCAGCGCGGCUUCAACGAACAUCUCAGAGCUCGGUGCCCACCAAUCAAACAGGACGGCUUGUACGACGGCCGGAAGCUUCCAGGUUGAUGGAGGCCGCAUGACAAUCAUCGGUGUGGCUCCGCUGCGGCAAGAUCGGACAUGCUUGUCGGGUCAGACGUGCAUGAUAGACGGAAUUCAAGGUCAGCACCUCUCAGAUCGCGACCUGUGGUUGCCCAUGGACACCUGCGGGGUGCCGGAUCAAAUCAUCUCACCGGCCGGGCGACUUGUUACGACGGUUUCGCUUUCUGGCAGCUUCGUUUCAUGGGGAAACCAUGCUCUCACACUGGCAAGCGGGCAGUACCGCCUGUGUUGGUGCUCGGGCGAUGCGCAUUGCAGUACAUCUUCUCAGUUUUCCAUAGAUGUUGGAGAGUUCCGCAUGAUUGGGCCGUCUCCACUGCAGUCCCACACCUGCGUGUCCGGGCAAACUUGUGUUGUCAAGGACGUGGUGGGCACGGGAUGGGAGGCCACGGAUCAAUUCUUAGUCAUGGCGACCUGUGGGCGCAGCCAGGCUACCCCCGGACUGAGUUUUACUGGCCGAGUUGCUGCCUUGAGCGAAACCUACACGACAGUGACCUGGAAUUCAGCUCGGGUUCUCGCACUGGGCGGCAGUUAUCGGCUGUGUUGGUGUCCGGGCGUGAUCGUAUCAAGCAGCACCAACAGCUCGCGCGACUGUGUUGCGACGGAGUUCGCUGCCGAUGCCGGUGAGCUGUUUGUUCUUGGCCCUACCAGGAGGCAAGAGUGGACUUGUAUCUCUGGUCAAGAAUGCUCAGUCUCUGGACUUGAUUCCGGUGCGGCAACUAGUGACUUUGGGCAGCUGGUGGUGCUCGAGACUUGCGGCGUUGGAGGCAUCCUGCCUCGCUGGUCUGAAUCAGGUCGUUUAGCUCCACAUUUGGUCGCGACUGACUCCCUCACUUCUGGCGUUGUGGUGUCUGCAAAAGGCGGCCGAUAUCGUCUCUGUUGGUGUGCUUCAUUGCCAAAUCCAGCAGCACACUGCUCUUCAGAAAGUUCAGCAGGGAAUGCAUCUUGCGAGCUUUUCACAAGCAACUGGACGGGAAACUUGAGCUUGCCUUGUCAAGCUGCACAGGAUUUUUCUGUCGACCUGGGCAGCAUGGAUGUGCAGGGCCCGAGCCCACUCGACCAGCACAUGACCUGCUUCAGCGGUCAAGCCUGCCAGUUCCAUCAUCUUACCGGCUACUAUCUGGAUAGCCUCAGCAGGGUCAUGAUCCUCGAUACCUGUGGUGCCAACGCGUUGCCAUCCCGAUUAAAGCAGGAAAGCUUCAUGAGUGGCAAUUCCUGGGCGCCCGCCGAAAUAACUUCGCCUGGAGGAGUUUACAGGCUUUGUUGGUGCAGGGAGUCGAACUUCACCUGGCAGAGCUGCCUGCUGGGUGAGCAUUUCCUUGCCGACGCUGGCACCCUGACAGUCCUUGGGCUGAGCCCCCUGAGUCAGGAUCGCACCUGUAUCAGCGGCCACAAGUGCACCCUGGACAAUCUGGAAGGAGUUGGAUUGGAAGAUGCCUCUUUCAAGGUGCUCAUCAUGAACACGUGUGGGCUGGAUGACACAGUGCCAAAGUGGGCCCAUGCCGCAGACUUGUGGACAAUGCGGCCUGGCUUCGCUUCUUGGCUGGACCUGGCCGUCACGGCUGUUGGUGGUUACUAUCGCCUGUGCUGGUGCUCACAGACGAAUCACACGUCGGAAAGCCAAUGUUUGCGAGCCUCUCACUUCGAAGUGGAUGCGGGUGGCCUCCUCCUUGUGGGCCCGGCACCCCUCGAGCAGGACAGAACAUGCAUCAGCGGGCAGACUUGUGUCGUAGAGUCGCUGCUCGGAGUUGGAUGGACAGCUUCAGAUGCAAUAGCUAUACACUCCACUUGUGGCGACUUACAUGACGAAGCGGUGCCAGCGAGGUUCUUUCAAGAAAGCCCUCGCCUGUCAGACACGCCCGGUGGAAGCUGGACGGCAAGCUGGGAUGCAGUACGUAGUUCUGCUGCUGGAGGUCAGUAUAGGCUAUGCUGGCAUGCGGGGGCGGAGCUGAAUGGAACAGUGGUGGCUGCAGAUGGGGAAGGUUGGAUAGACAUGGGAACACAUGCGGAGGAGGACGUGAAGCACGACUCCAAAGAACAAACACGGACAUGUUCCUUCGUUGGCCACGUUUAUGGUGACCACAUAUGGUCCAUGUCAAUCAUGGACACCUGUGGGCUCAACCAUGAUCCACCGCAAAGAACAGCUGUGGUUGCAGCUACGGGAAGUGUCACUUCAGUGACCUUCGAUACUUUGACAUCUGCAGGCGGCGUCUACAGGCUUUGCUGGUGUGCUGCGAGGACCUGCUCUACCUCAGAGUCCUUUGCAGUAGAUGCCGGGAAGCUCGAGCUUGUUGGAGUAUCUCGUGCGCAAGAUAGAACAUGCAUUUCUGGGCGAACUUGUGAGAUUGACGGGCUUCGUGGAUAUCAUAUCUCGAACCAUGACUACCUGCAGAUUCUGGAGACCUGUGGAGAAGCGGGCUCACAUCCGUAUUUGCCCAGACAGCAGCUGUCAGUUCAGGGCGGAAGUGCUCGUGCCAUCUGGCCAGUCGUGCCAGUGGCUGCUUAUGGAGGUCAGUACAGAAUCUGCUGGUGUAGCAGUGAGGGGGCGAACUCCUAUGAAGGAAACUCUUCGCAUGACUGCGCAUCCUCGCAAGACUUCAGCGUAGAGGUGGGGAAUCUCCUGGUUCUCGGUCCAAGCUUCCCAGAACAGAUGAGAACUUGCAUCAGUGGCCAUUCAUGCAGACUCACAGGUCUCUUGGGCGAGAGCUUUGCUGGUGGAUCGGAAAUCCUUGUAGCGGAGACAUGUGGAUCCGCUUCCAUCAUUCCCGGAUUUCCCCAAGCAAGUCAAACUCUUGAGCAAAACCUCCUUGUGGAAGUUGCCUGGACCAUGGUAACCGCAGCCGGAGGCCGAUAUCGUCUCUGCUGGUGUUGGCCCCUUGAAGGCUACAAUGCGUCCGGCGCUGGAGAGUGCGACGUGGCCUCGAAGUUUCGCAUUGACCUGGGCACGCUGACGCUUUUGGGUCCUCUGAGAGAUCAAGACCGGACGUGCACUUCCGGCCUCAGCUGCUUCAUUGAUGGCAUCCUGGGGGAAGGGCUGCGCGCCGACACGGACAACGUGCUUGUUUUGGAGACCUGCGGAGUCAACCAGGUGGUGCCACGAUUUUCCGGUGCUGGGGUGUUCACCGACAUCUCCCGAAGUGGUGCAAGCAUCAGCUGGGGAGCUGCCCCGAAUACUGCCGCAGGAGGAGGCUACCGACUUUGCUGGUGCUCACAAAGUGCAUGUAGUACACCCACAGACUUCCAGGUAGACUUCGGAUCGCUUCUCCUCCUCGGAGUCGCGCCGCUGGAUCAAACGUUGACCUGUGUGGCGGGAAGGGCGUGCCCAUCCUCGUGGUCUUUCGGAGUCUCGGGGGUAUCCUGGUCUUCCUUCGGAACGGCGAUAGCUCUGGAGACCUGUGGAGCCGAGAGAGCCCUUGCCCCACCGAGAAUGCAAAGCAACAUCACCGGAGUUGAGAUCCUUGAAAGAUCAGCUGCUGGGAAGUGGAGGCUCUGUUGGUGCGCCUCUGGUCCGACGAACGACUCAGUAUCAAACCGAACCAUGUGUGAAACCAUGCUGGACUACAUUGUCGACAUCGGGGAGCUGUCAAUCCUGGGCCCGCUGCCAACGAACGGUCACACCUGUGUGAGCGGCCUUCCUUGCUUCGCAGAUGGCCUCCUGGGCUUGGAUUUAUCCCCCAACGAUUCGUUCGUGAUACUUUCAACUUGUGGAACCGAGACCACACCGAUGCGCUUCCCGAAUGCUGCGCUUGCUACGUUUGAUCCCGGGACGGGCACGCUACACUGGGACGGGAACGGCUCCUUCACGGCCUUGACUGCUGCAGGUGGACAGUAUCGUCUUUGUUGGUGUCACCCCGUGUCGAAUGUUGACUGCCUGGCAUCUGCUGACUUCAGAUAUGAUGUCGGAAGCUUCGCAAUCUUGGGUCCGGCGCCCUUGCAGCAGCAUAGAACUUGUAUUAGCGGCGCGGCGUGUGCGCUGGAGGGACUCACAGGUAACUUGCUGUCAGAUGCAGAUGCAGUGAUGGUGAUGCAGAGCUGUGGCUCCAAGCAAGGAGCCGGCAUUGGCUUUCCAGCCUUAGGGCUUGGAAAUUCUUCUUUGAUCGUGACACCCAGCGGUGGCUCAUACCGAAUUUGUUGGUGUACUCCACCUGCCAGAGCGUUUCUCGCCGGUUUACCUUCCUUUGCCUGGCAGAACAGGGAUGGCUGCAACCUGGCAGAAGACUUUCUGGUCGAUAUUGGCGCUUUCACAGUGCUGGGCCCUCUCCGCGAUCAUGCGAGGACCUGUGUCGCCGGUGCCAUUUGCAGUAGCGCCAUCCAAGGGCUCGGUCUUUCAUUGGAUUACCGCUUACAGAUUCUUGACACUUGUUCGGGAUCGGGACAGGUAGCGGAAAGCGAGACAAGAAACGAUACGGCGCCUCUGUGGUUUGACAAGAUCUCAUCUGCAGGUGGAGCCUAUCGACUUUGCUGGUGUGCCCUCCAGGCCUGCAACGAGAUGGUGGACAUAGGGACCGUCUUCCUCCUUGGAGUAACACCGCUGCAGCAGGACAGGACGUGUGUCGCGGGGCAAGCAUGCAGGCUCGAUGGGGUGUCUAGCUACGGAGAACUGGAUGCUAGCCAUCUGAUGAUCCUGCAGACUUGCAAUGUUCCCCAUGGGCUUGGCAUUGCAGAUGUGCAUGCCGUAGUCGACAGUGCAGUGGCACACGGCAAUUUCAGCAACGCUUCCGGGGAGAUGCCGGCUGUCCAAAGCAAAGCCUGGUUCCUGGAUGAGGUGACUCUACCCGGUGGGGGCUACCGCCUUUGCUGGUGUGGAUCCAUGGCUGCCACAGGUGCUGCGAAUGAUACGGGCGGCCCUGACAACCUGACGGCUUCUGAUUGCAGGGUGAUUCCCGGGUCUCAGGUGGACUUCGGGGAACUCUUGGUAAUUGGUCCGUCCAACAGUGUCGAGGCGACUUGCGUGAGCGGGCAGGCCUGUGUCGUGGAUGGGCUGCUCGGAGAGCAUCUCUCGACAGGCGACUUCAUCACCAUUCUGGAUACUUGCGGUGUGCCGAGUAGAGAUCUCGAUGGCUUCCCCCAGAACGGCCUGGCAACGAGCAUUGCUGCAAGCGGCAGCGCAGCAGACUGGGGUCUUCAGACUCCGCUUACGGGCCAAGGAGGGUCCUACAGGUUGUGCUGGUGCGCUGCCGGCUUUUCAUGCUCCAGCUCAGAAGACUUUGCCGUCGAAGUGGGAUCGCUUUCCUUGCGGGGGCCCAUCCCUCUUGGCCAGGACAGGACCUGUGUGGCCGGAUACACUUGCAACAUCGGAUUUGAUGGGAUGGACAUGAGCCCAUAUGUGGUGGAGGCCGUCAGCUCCGUUCGCCUCGCCCUCCUCCCUUCAAACGUGAUCUCUGCGGGACUCUCGGUUCUGGAUGUGCACUACGGUACCUCCGCACAUUUGCACGCUCCGAAUGUGAGUGUCACUUUGGCAGCCUCCUGCAGCAUGGCGAACACAGGCUCCUUUCUGUCUGCAGGGCAAGCGUUGCUUUGGUAUUCGUGCUCCUGGCAGCCAGCAGUUACUGCCUCUCAGUGGUUUGUUUCGUUACAGUCUGAUGCAACGCUGCAGAUAUAUGAGGUUCAGUUCUUGGGCCGAAACGGAUGGACCACAAUUUCCGACGGCGUCGGUGUUCAUGGGGAUGCAGGCACGUUGUCAGAUGGAUUGCUUUCAAGCUGGGUGCUGGCAGGCUCAGGCCAUCCUAUUGAGCUGAUUUUUACAGCUUUGCAGCCAGACACCAUAGUCAUUGCAGACACCUGUGCCACAAGCUCCUCAGCUUGGGGUCCUGUUCCUCUCAGUCCAUAUACCGCGCACGUGUUGACCGUCCAGGGUGGGCUGUAUAGAAUGUGUUGGUGUGCGCGCGGUUUCAGCUGCAGCUUCAAGGAAGACUUUUCCGUCAAUGCGGGACUGCUGACCGUUGUCGGUCCCAAGACCGUGCACAACACUUGCAUUGGAGGGCACUCCUGCCAUGUGGACCUUGACGGUCAAUAUCUAUCCGAUCGCAAUCAGGUUUUAGUCCUCCACACAUGUGCAGUGGAAGAUGCAUAUGCUUGGAAGCUGACUGACCUGGGUACCUGGCGCCAGCUUUCCAGCAGCGGAGCAACCCUUUCCAGCAAAGCUGCUAUCACAUCUUCUGCAGGGUCAUACAAACUGUGUUGGUGUAGUGGCUUCUCAGUCUGCGAGACUGCGUCUGAUUUCUCUGUAGAGGCAGGCGAGCUUUGGGUACUUGGGGUAGCACCUCUUUUCCAAGCCCACACUUGCAUCAGUGGUCAGAGCUGCGUUGUCGAUCACCUGACUGGUCUGGGCUUGUCGAAGGAUCAGGUCAUGAUCCUAGACACGUGCGGUACGCAAGCCUUACUGUACAGGGGCCUUGACGCCACUGAGCUUUUAAACGGAAGCAGCACCAUCCUUACCUGGACAAACGAGUUGACGGUGCCGGGUGGUCAAUACAGGCUGUGUUGGUGCAGCACCCAAUAUGCACAAGAUGCCUGCGCCACUGCAUCAGAUUAUCAGGUUGACUUUGGCCAGUUCACCAUCCUCGGACCCUCGCCACUGCAGCAAACGUGGACAUGCAUUGCUGGUCAAUCAUGCCGAAUCGAUGGCAGCACUGGUUUUGGAACUGGGCUUCCAACUGAGAUUGUGAUCAUGGACACUUGCGGUGCCCCGGACAGUCAGAUUGUGUUCCACAGUGCACCUAUCGGGGGCUUGUCCAGCUCAUGGGAAAAGUCUCUGUUGUCCAUUCCUGGUGCUUCCUACCGUCUUUGCUGGUGUGCAAUCGCAUCAUAUCCGUGUACGAUGGCCGAGAGUUACAGGGUUGACUUUGGCCAGCUGCUGGUGCUUGGUCCUUCUCCGCUAAUGCAAGAUCGGACAUGCGUGUCUGGCAGCAGGUGCGAAGUCGAUGGAUUCCUGGGCAUGGGCUUAUCCAGCUCAGAUCUUGUGGUUAUGCAGGACACAUGUGCAGACCACCGUUCGCGAAUCGGCCUGCCAGCAGGUGGGUGGCUGAUAUCGCUGAUGCCAGCAGCUGGGAGCGCAUACAUGUCGGCGGAGAGCGUGAGGAGCAGUAACGGCACCAUUAUUUUCAACACUCUCACGGCAACAGGAGGCCAGUACAGGCUUUGCUGGACGAGCUGGAUGGCCCUUCAGGUUGACAUGUUUGGCAACAGCAGCGAAAAUUCUAGUAUCGAGGAAGCAGUAAGUUUCCUAGGCAGUUGCAAUGACACGCUUGGCGGCAACAGGACUUGCGCACUACCGCAGAUGCCUGGCCGCUUGAUUCUACCUACUGGCAUGAUCGACAUUGGAAGGCUCACGCUGAUGGGUCCCGCUCCGUUGGAUCAGAUGCACACGUGUGUCAGUGGACAGCGCUGCAGUUUCGGCGGCAUCACCGGGAUGCAUUUGGAUGUUCGGGACCAGAUCGCUGUGAUGGACACCUGUGGAAUUCCCGGCAGAAUGGAGUCGUCUUCGGUUCGGCCCUUUGCUUCCUGGGUAGACUUUGGAGCCACGACGCUUCCCGGUGCCACUUACCGGCUUUGUUGGUGCAGCGCGGCUGCGGGCUGCAGCUUAGCGGAAGACUUUCUCGUGGACUUCGGCAGGCUGUCCAUACUUGGCCCCACGCAGUCUGAGCAAUUCACGUGCGUGUCGGGCCGCUUGUGCACCGUGAAAGGCUUGCUUGGAAGAAGCUUCUCCAGCCUAGAUCGAUUGGCGAUUUUUGACACCUGUGGACUUCCUCCAGGCAGCAGCAGCCUGCCUCCGAUCCAAGGAGGGCCAACCCCCCUGGUGCCACGAAUUCCUUCAGACGGCACGGGAAUUUCGACCUCAAGUGGAGCUGCUGUUCAGUGGGAUGGAAAGUUCACUGCGUUUGGUGGCUUAUAUCGCUUGUGCUGGUGUGCUGGAUCUCCAACAGGUGCCUUUGACAACCCAGCCCAGGAUGCUUUAGACUCCCUUUGGAGUGGGGUUGCUGGGGUUGUACCGAGCGUUGCAAAUGGAAGCAAUCUCUCCAGUCGCCGCCUCGCCGGCUCCUUCGCAGAAUUUACCAACUCGAGCAACGUCUCAAACUUGACGGAUCCGGGCUUCCUCUGUCAGCAGGCCUCGCAGUUCCGGGUGGAUGUUGGAGAGCUGCUGCUGAUCGGGCCGUCACGGCUUCCAGCCGCCACCUGCGUCAGUGGCCAGACUUGUGUGAUCGAUGUUGUCACCCAGCCUUCCGAAAAUUUCAUUCUAAUGGACACCUGUGGUGAGUCUGUCUCAAGCCUUGGAGGCCCGGCCGUGGGCUCUUCCGUGGUGUCUUGGGGCCCACAAGCGCUCGUAGGCGCGGGUGGAACCUAUCGACUGUGUUGGUGCUGGAACGAUGCUGCCGUGAAUACCAACUCCUCCAAUGCCACUGGAGGCUCAUCACAAGUUUCAGCUCUUGCCAUUCGAGUCGACGUAAAUGCAUCAAACACAUCAAACGUGUCGCGGGGUUCACAUGAGCCAUGUCAGCAGAUGCAAGACUAUGCGGUGGAAGUAGGGCCGGUGCUUCUGCUGGGUCCAUCACCACUGCAACAAGAUCGAACUUGCGUGAGUGGACAUACCUGCACGGUGGAAGGGAUAGUUGGCACUGAGCUGGAAGAUCUUCUGGUUCAAGACACUUGUGGCAGUCCCUCCUCUUUGGUGUUGCCUGUGAACUACAGCACUGUCGAUCAUCGAUGGCAGCUACCAGUUCUGACGCAGCAAGGUGGCACAUACAGGCUUUGCUGGUGCUCGGGGAUGUUCUCAUGUCGCUUGGAAGACCUCCGUGUUGACUUUGGCACCUUGCACUUGCUCGGCCCAAUGCCUCUAUCUCAGCACCGGACCUGCAUUAGUGGAUGUCCCUGUACCGUGGACAGACUCGAGAUUUAUCCGCCGGAGCUCGCAGGAAUGUCUCUUCAAGUUCAGCAAACGUGCGCAUCGACGCAGCUCCUGGGCGGCUUCCCGACCGAUGCAGCUGGGAUAGACACGUCAACACGUUCUGCAACUUGGUCAGAGAUCACGGCUUCCGGUGGCAUCUACAGCUUGUGUUGGCAUGUGGAGCCUGAUGCAGGGCUCACAAAUUUCACUGGAAAUGGUUCGCUGCAACAGUCGGGAAAUGAGAACCAUAGCCUUCGAAAUAGCCUGCCUGUAGACCACUCGGUGUUCAUGGGCCAGCUCCUUCUCAUUGGCCCGGCCAGGGAUCAUGGAGUGACAUGCAUCAGCGGAGGCCGCUGUGCCGUGAGGGUUCGUGGGCUUCAUCUCUCCGACUCAGACUUCAUGGCAAUUCUCGACACCUGUGGUGUCAGCACGUCCUCGCAGCAGCUCGCCGCAGUACAGCAGUUGGAAUACACGGGCGCACAGGCCGUGCUUGUAGAUUGGCCCGGCACCUCCAUGAAGAUGGAUGGCGGCCAAUAUCGCAUGUGCUGGUGCUCCGGGCUGGUGCAAUCAGCCGCUGGGGCCAACGCCUCCAACACAUCGCAGCUCUCGCAGCCCUGCGACUCGGCUCAGUCCUUUCGGGUAGAUACUGGAAGCCUCUCUGUGCGCGGCCCAAGACCCGUUCUUCGGACGUGUCUUGUGGGAAGACCAUGUCUUCUCACAGAACUGGACGGCUUUGCUUUGAGUCCGUCAGACCAGCUGCUGCUUCUGGAGACUUGUGGCAGUCCUCGGGUUGCCGAUGGCGGGCUCUCACAGAGCCUCCGCGAGGAGAUGUCUGUCAGGUUCACAAUCAGUCGGGCUGGCAGCUACCGCCUGUGCUGGUGUGGUGCAAAGCCUUGGAGCCCGAACACGACGGCGUGCUCAAGCCCAUUCGAGUUCACAGUGGAUGCCGGCGAAGUUUUGGUGUUGGGACCAGUGCCGUCACAGCUCAGGACGUGUGUGAGUGGACUCCGCUGUUCGUUGGAGGGUCUGCUCGGCACUGGACUUGACGAAGACGAUCGUGUGCUGGUUAUGGACACCUGCGGCAGUCCCAACGUGGUACCCCUGUUUCCAGCAGCAGGUCUUUCUCAGGAAGUUGGCAGUAGUGGAGCUUAUGUGUCCUGGGGGAAUGCUGUGAUCACCUCGAAGGGAGGAGCGUAUAGACUGUGCUGGUGUAGUCGAAACUUCAACACCAGCCAUUCGGAAAAUGCGUCUGACCCAGAAUGCAGCUUGCCAAGUGCAUUUGGAGUCGACUUCGGCACGCUUGUGCUACGUGGACCUGCAGAGCUUGCAAACCCACUUUACUGCAUCUUGGGUGAUGAUUGCGUCAUGCAGCCUGUUUCUGGCAUGUACACCAGCGCGUUGGAUUGGGUUCGUGUGCUGGACACAUGCGGCGUUGAUGCACAGCAGCCUGCAUACCAAGCUGACAUCUCGCUGCAAGUUCUGUCUAUGGCAUAUGCGAGAUCAAAUGUCAGUGCUGAUGUCAACAUGACUGGCGGCGAGAACCAGUCCAGCGUGAUAAUUCCAGCUGCAGGCAUUCCUGCUGCCGGUGGCCAGUACCGGCUCUGUUGGUGUGGUCAUGAGUCGAAAUGCCUAGCUGCUUCCAGCUAUCGGGUGGACUUCGGCAGCAUAUCAUUGACUGGGCCGUUGCAGGGGCAAUCUCGGACAUGCGUCAGUGGCAAUUCUUGCGUAGUCAGUUCCAUUCUUGGAUACGGCCUUUCGAACGAGACCAGUUUCCUUGUCAUGGACACUUGCGGUCAGUCUGGUGCUGUCCAGGGCGCAUUCAGCGGUCUCGCAGUCUUGUCGUCUGGAGCAGCCGUGCAAUGGUCGGCUGAGCCAGUAACAGGUGGAUUGUACCGUCUAUGCUGGUGUGGAGCUGCCAUGAACUCGAGGAAUGCCACGCAAGGUCGAUGUGAUUCUAGCUGGAGUUUCAAAGUUGAUUUCGGCGGGUUGAUCGUGCGGGGCCCGUCGCCGCUGUCGCAGACCUUUACAUGCAUUGCAGGACAGCUGUGUCGCUUCGACGGAGUCAGGGGUCAGGAUCUGUCCUUUGCCGACCAGUACUUGGUGCUGGACACUUGCAGUCGCAGCAGGCUGGCCACGGAUGUCCUCGAUGUUCGCAUUGCAUUUUCAGAGCAGCCUUUCAAUUCGUCGCUCCAAAGUGAUGGGAUGGUGUCAGUUCCUGGUGGUCAAUACAGAUUGUGUUGGUGUGGACGGGCCAGCACUCAGAACUUGUCGCACCAUCUCUCUUGCAGUCUUCCGACCGACUACCUCGUGGACUUUGCAAGUAUUUCCGUGAUUGGACCCUCGUCCUUUGAUCAGCAUAAAACUUGCAUUGCUGGAAUGAGCUGUGCGAUUCGAAACAUGGAGGGCUACUUUACUUCCAGCGGUGAUGCCCUGAUGGUGGCCGCCACGUGUGGCCAGAGUGAAGCGUUGAUCCAUGGUCUUUCUAGGUCUGGACUCAUGCUGCCAGAUGCACAGGUCAAUUCGACUUUCCGUUGGCUCUUGACAUCCACGUCUGCACAAGGGGGCCAAUAUCGUCUGUGCUGGUGUGCCGAUGGCCAGGUGUGUUCAACCAUGGAGCACUUCACGGUUGAUGUGGGCGCUUUUUCUCUUCUGGGGCCUACGCCGAUCCAGCAAGCAUUCACAUGCGUGGCAGGUCGCGAGUGUAACAUCGAUCCCAUUACGGGCUUUCAUCUGAACGAGAACAGGCUGGUUGUGUUGGAGACCUGUGGCUCGGAGAGAGGUGUUCUACGCAUCCCCAACAGUGGCUUGUCCGUGUCUUCUGGUGAAGCCAGCUGGGGCCCUUUGCCUCUGACUGCUGCAGGGGGGCAGUACCGCCUUUGCUGGUGCGCUGACCUGGUCAUGAAGCCUCUCAAUGAGUCACACAAUAAAUCAAGAGGCUGCCGCAUCUUUUCAGAUUAUACUUAUGACAUCGGCAGCUUCAGCAUUCUUGGGCCAGCGCCAGUUUUGCAGAGCCGGACAUGUGUUAGCGGCCAAAACUGUCAGCUUGAUGGCUUCACUGGGCACGGCCUCAGCAACCUGGACAAACUUCUAGUUUUGGACACUUGCGGUGAACCCACCUCCGUGGUGCCAAAAUGGACCUUAGCUGGUGGCAGCGUCGAGACAACUGGCAGUGGCACGGCUGCCUCAUGGCAAGCCAUCGUGAGUGCUGCUGGUGGACAGUACCGCUUGUGCUGGUGUGCGACCGUGCAAGUCAAUGAAACAGGCGCAGGCCAGUUUUGCACACAUGCUGGAGAUUUUGCCGUGGACAUGGGUGCAAUGUGGCUGCUGGGUCCGACACCGUUGUUGCAAGACCGCACCUGUAUCAGCGGGCAGACUUGCUCGUCGAAGGGCAUGGUGGCUACGACAGGCGGUGGCGUGUUUUUGUCUGGUCGAGUGCACGUGCUUGACACAUGUGGACAGGUCGGAUUCUUGGAUAGGUUUCCAGCAGGUGGACUUAGUGGUGAGGUGCGACCUCUGGAAGGCAUUGUGACCUCACCGCUUGCUGGCGACCUGCUGGACGUUCGCGGCAUGUCCGUUGUAAGCUGGACCUCUGAAGCCUUAACAGUUUCUGCAGGCCAGUAUCGUCUUUGCUGGUGUGCCCUCCUUCCGGGUCCAACGAACAUCUCGGGCUGCGUCUUGACAUCCGAAUUCAGCGUAGACUUUGGAGCCCUUCACUUGUACGGCCCGCUCCCUGGCCAUCGCCGCACAUGUGUCAGUGGAUACGCCUGCUCAUUCGGCGGUAUUGCCGGCUAUGGCCUGAGCCAGAACGACACCAUCCUUGUUAUGGAGACUUGUGGUUCCAAUCAUGUCGCAGCCCGCUUUCCGUGGAGUGGCGUCAUCGACCACAUCUCUGCUAGUGGGUCUCGUAUGAGCUGGGGGGAGACCCCCAUAUCUGCACACGGUGGUAGCUAUCGCCUCUGCUGGUGCAGUCAAAGUGCUUCGUGCAGGAGACCAGACGCUUUCCCCUUUGACUUUGGUGAACUCCUGUUGGUUGGGCCUGAGCAGGUGGACCAAACAUGCGUCGCCGGUCAGAUCUGUCACCUUGACGGCCUGCCGCGUUCCUGGUCCGAGCUGAAUUCUUACAUGAUUUUGGAGACUUGCGGCAUAGCCGAUAUCAUCACUGCAAGUCCCGUUCUGUCGGCACAGGGCCAAGCAAACUGGGGCGCAAGCCCUCUGACGUCGGCUGACCUUCAGGCGGGCAUCUACCAGCUGUGCUGGUGCACUCCACUGCCUCCUUUGCCGUCUGUGAACUCUACACAUUCGAACCAAUCCGAGGGUAAUCUGACAGGCCCAUGUCGCCUGUCUUUGCAGCACCAGGUUACCGUUGGCACGCUGAUGAUGGUUGGUGCCAGCGCAGAGCAGCAACGAACCUGUGUCAGUGGGUUGACUUGCGUGAUUGAUAGCAUUGAGGGCUAUCAUCUGUCAAUGCAUGACAAAGUGCUUAUCAUGGAAACCUGCGGCACUCAAGUACCGACUGGUUUUUCUUGGACAGCACAAGCCAGCAACGCAUCGGCGGGAAGGCUAAGCUUUUCAUGGGGUGCCGUCCAUAUCACACCUCCAGGAGGCUCCUACCGCUUGUGCUGGUGUGGUGCAUCCAUGGCUUGUAGCCAGGUAUGGGAGUUUAGGACGGACUUUGGGCAAUUACAAGUCCUUGGACCUGCACCCUUAAUGCAGCAUCAGACAUGUGUGUCGGGGCACCUCUGCCGCCUCUCUUCUGGCAUAGAGCAUGCGAAUAGCAGUGACAGCGUUGGACUGCACUAUGCCGUUUUGGCAAUGGACACUUGCGGUGGAGUGUCUGUUCCUCAAGGCUUUCCGCUGCAUUGGACCAGAAACAGCAGCUCGAAUGCAACGGCUGACAGUCUCUUGAGUGCAUCGAUGCAGGAGAUCGCAACAGCUCCUGGCAGCACAUAUCGUCUUUGCUGGUGCGGCAUACCUGAAACAGCCACAGGCUGUAGAUUGCCAGGGGACUUCCGAGUUCAUGUCGGAGAGUUGACUAUGAUUGGUCCUCGGCUUAGCUCCCAUACAUGCAUCAGCGGCCGCCUUUGCAGUCUCGAAGAUCUGCAGGGUUUACAUCUCAGUAGCUCCAAUAUGUACAUGGUUUUGGACACAUGUGGUGUGGCAGCAUCUGCUUGGCCUGAGGGUUAUGCAGGAUUGGUCAAACCUGGCAUCGUUAUUCCGGAUGAAACCGCCACGUUGGCUGGGCAGUACCAGCUUUGUUGGUGCGCCAGCUUGCACGUCGCGAAUGCGAAUGCGACUGAGAAUUUCAACGCGAGCUUGCCAUGCCGACGCGCAGAGGACUUCGCCUCUUCCUCUGGCACAUUCACCAUCCUUGGUCCUGCCCCCUUGCAGCAGCAACGAACAUGCAUAAGCGGACAGACUUGCGUCCUCGACGGCCUGACCGGUUUAGGCCUAUCAAAUUUGGAUUUGCUGGCUGUGCAAGAUACGUGUGGCCUUGCAUCGGCCCCUUCAAGAUUUCCUGCGGCAGCCAAGCUUGAAGUACUGCCAGGCCUAACUGCGCGAGUUGCUUGGGAGCAUACAAGGCCCUCGUCUGCUGGAGGUAAGUAUCGGCUUUGCUGGACUCGACUCGAUGCGGACUCCAGCAAUUCCUCCAUGCCUGCAAUCUCCUUCAAAGUUGACAUUGGUGAGCUUCUCCUGCUCGGCCCGUCUCCUUUGGAGCAGUCCGCCACUUGUGUAAGCGGUCAGAGCUGUGUUCUUGACGUGCUCAGUGGGUAUGGCUUGGAUUCGGGCGGGCAUCUUAUGCUUGCUGACACAUGCGGAGUUCAGGCGGAAGACAGGCUCGGACUCCCAAGUGAUGGGCUUACAUCUUGGGGUGCCAACGAAACUACAGUUUCCUGGUCCCAAGCUUUCACAGCUGCUGGGCAGUCCUACAAGCUUUGUUGGUGCGCGGUGGGACUUUCUUGCAGUGCGGAGCACUUUAUCGAUGUAGGUGUCCUGAGCCUCAUUGGACCCGCGCCCCUCAGCCAGGGCCGGACCUGCAUUUCUGGGAGCCCAGCAGGCUGCAGCUUCGCCUUGUAUUUGGAGCCCUUCCAAGCGCUCUCGCUUAGCAACAACAGCUCCGGCCAGAGCCCGAGCAACAUCCUGAUCUCGGCCAGCUGCGGUGUAGCGACAGCGACGGCGGACCUGCCGCCGGCGCAGUUCCUGGGGCCCUUGGGCUCAGCAUCCUGGCCCUCGCUUGUGCUUCCAGGUGGUGAGUAUCGUCUGUGCUGGUGUGCGCAAGAUGCCUGUGAGAUCUCCGAGUCCUUCCGGGUGGAUCUGGGCAGGUUCCUCGUGCUCGGUCCGAGUCGGCAUCAUCAGGCGACUUGCCUGGCUGGGCAGACUUGUCAGAUGCACAUCCCAGUCACAGGUGGCUCGGACUUUGACCGCCUGCUGCUAGCAGAAACUUGUGGAGCGACCCGCAGCAAGAGAAGGCAGCCCUUUCCAAUGAUACCAGAGGUUCACAGAUCCGCACCAGACGUCCUGUCCGUCAGCUGGGGCACAGCAGCUCUUGUGCAGUCAGGUGGUGAGUACCAACUUUGCUGGUGUGGGCAUUCAUGUGGCGAUACAUCCAGUUUCAUCUCCACAGCGGGCAGCUUGUACUUGCGAGGCCCUGCACCCCUGCAGCAGCAGUUCACAUGCCUCGCAGGUCAAAGCUGUUCCUUGGAGACCUUGUCCGGCUAUGGCAUGUCCAGUGCUGGAGUCUUGCUUCUCAUGGACACUUGCGCAAUCGCUGCCUCCACGACGUUGCAGUUUACACCGGGCGAGCCCGAGGGACUUAUCAGUGACUAUGUCCCUCUCGCAGGUGGAAGCUAUCGUCUCUGUUGGUGUGCGCUUCUUGGGAGCACGAAUUCCUCUGGUUGUGACUUGCCUUCGUCUUUCCUAACUGAUGCUGGCACAGUGCACAUAAUUGGUCCAGUGCCGUUGCAGCAACAGUACACUUGCGUCAGUGGCCAGACAUGUACACUGCUGGGGCUUCAGGGUUCCUCCCUGCAGCCAAGUGAUUCCUUCGCAGUUCUGGACACAUGUGGAAGCCUGGAUGCGUGGCCGCUCAAUCUUGUUAAGGUGUUGAACUUGCAGCCUGAUGGCUUGACUGUCAGCUGGCGGGAAGAUGCCCUCUCCACACCCGGGGGGCAAUACCGACUCUGCUGGUGUGCCACCGGUGCACGGUGCCAAGAUGCAAGCUCUCUGCGAGUAGAUUUCGGAAGUCUGACGUUGAUCGGACCAGAGCAAUUGUUCAUGGACCGCACAUGCAUCAGUGGCCGAACAUGUUCGUUCGAAGGGCUGAUCAGUGGCUCAGGGCUGCUUGUUCUUGAUACCUGCGGCUUACCAUCAGUGGGCAAGAGAUGGGAUGGAACCCCAACGAGAAUGCCACAUUUCAUGAGCCAGCUGGAGCACAUGGAAAUCGAGGGCGAGCGAGUGACUUGGGGCAACUUGCAGUUCAGCGCAGCUGGCGGAGCGUUUCGUCUGUGUUGGUGUGCAGGCAACAGCACAUGCCUCGUACCCGAGGACUUUCAGCUGGACAUCGGCCAGCUCUUGUUGAUUGGUCCAAGCUUUGGACACACGCAGUCCUGCAUUUCGGGGCAGGUUUGUUCCAUAUCUCGCGUCAAAGGGUGGCAACUGUCCGAGUCCGACAGGAUCAUGGUGCUGGACACGUGCGCACAACCUGGGAAUGCGACGCAGAUUCCUUCAGCUAUUGUAGGCUUUGCAGCCGAUGGUAUGAGUUGGUCUGCAGUCCAAGAACUCAAUUUGACGGAUGAAUUGCGUGGCUCCACUUACGGUCCACUGAUGCGCUUCGAGCUGGCUGGAUACGUCAGUGCGCAGGGUGGGAGGUAUCGGCUCUGCUGGUGCGGAGCCUCGGCGGUGUGCUCUUCGUCCGAGGACUUCUACGUGGACUUCGGGGAGCUCCAACUCCGGGGACCUUCGCACCAAAGUGCGACUUGCGUCAGUGGACAACCCUGCUUCCUGAAUAAUCUCGCUGGUCACUACGUGCCAGAGGGUCAAGUUGCAAUUUUCGACACUUGUGGCGCCCACGGUGUGGGAUUGGAUGGUGCCGGCCUCAGCGAGUCAGUGUACACAUCUCGCGAUCUCUUGCUUCAGCACCAGCGCAUGGUUCUGGCAUCUUGCUGUCCACAUUGCAACUACUGGCUGUGUUGGUGUGCAGGCUCGGAGUGCCGGUUUGUGCUGACUUUCUGUUUGUGCGCGUCAUGCGGAGCCUGCGAUCUGCGAGGGGAUGUUUGCUCCAGCGCGGAUGAGUUCAUUGGCAUUGGCCGCUUCACGUUGCAGGGCCCCGCACCCCUCCAGCAAGACCGAACUUGUAUCGCGGGUCAAGAAUGUGAAGUGGAUGCCUUGACAGGCCUUCAUUUGCCAAGUGACGGUAUGUAUGCCGUUCUGGACACCUGUUUCGCCCUCAGUGGCAAACACCAUCGUUGGAAGAUGUUGGAUGUUCAAUGUGAUCAAGGUGGCCGCAACUUGGUGCUUUUCUUGGAUCCCGUCGAUGCCCCGGCCUCAGCAACGUGUCAAAUGCAGGGGGCUCUUUUGGGCAGCUGGCCUUUGCUGAAGGGGGGUGGCGAAGCUGCAGCUGGUAAAGUCUGCCGCAGCGUAAGAAAUCGCCAGACCCAGACAGCAUUCGAGGAUUUUAUUCCAGUCGCCCUGCAGUCCAAGGCAGUACCGACUGUGUUGGUGUGCCCCCUGGGUGCGUGCCCCAAGCUUCAACAGCUCCUCGGCAUAGCAUUCUUUAGCGUCCAUGGCCGCACUUCAGAUGUGUUGCUCGAGGCAGCGCAAGCAGCUGGAGCAACGGAAGCAACGAAAGCCUGGGCACCCAAGUGUCUCUUGGUCUCGGCGCCUGCGUACUUUCCCACGUAUCGCGUGGACGUUGGUUCGAUGCUGGUUGCGGGUCCAAGUCCCCUUCAACAAGACAGGACUUGUAUUGCAGGUAGAACCUGCAAUGCAGAGCGGAUUCAUGGGCAGAGCCUCAGUGCCGCGGACAGACUUCAGAUUCUCGCGACUUGUGGUGGGACUUUGCCGCUGCGCUUCCCCAUGGACGGACUCAUUGUACCCGACCUCAACGCGUCUCAGCCACUCAGUGGUAUGGGGCUUGGGUCCGAGAUCGUUUCCGCACCUGGCGGCCUGUACAGACUGUGCUGGUGCAGUGGCUUGAAGGCGUCCGGCUGCUUGCGUGGCACCGACUUCCAAACUGAUCUGGGCGCCAUGACCGUAUUGGGGGUCAGUCCCCACCAGCAAGACAGAACGUGCAUCAGCGGCAGAGUAUGCGCUGUAGAUUCUUUGCGGGGAUAUGGCCUGAGUGAGUCUGACAGCUACAUGAUCUUGGACACCUGUGGUGAAGCUGUCACGACGGUCGGCAUUGGUAAGGCAAGCUCGAGCUCACAUCCGAGGAUCAGCUGGGCCGAUUCAUUGACGGCAGCCGGAGGCGAAUACCGAUUGUGUUGGUGCUCAGGACUACCGUCAAUGCCGACGGAUGACUUCAACGCUUCCAACACAUCCAUCGUGACAGCAGGCAGCAGCAUGACCGGAAACGUUUCCGUAUGUUCGGUAUCUUGGGACUUUGGCAUCGAUGCCGGCAAGCUUCUCUUGCUAGGGCCGGCGCCUCUUUUCCACCGCAGCACGUGUGCGGCGGGCCAGACAUGCGCCAUCAAUGUCGCUGGAACGGGACUAUCACCCGCAGAUCUGCUGUUGGUGCAAGAUACGUGCGGCCAGCUGUUUGCAUCGACUCCUUUCGCAAGCCCAGGCAGCUUGCACCUGUCAUCGUACAACAGCAGCAACAUCAACGCCUCCAUUUUGGAUGCAACUCGAUCAGCAACUGCUGAUCUGGGCCGAAGUGUCACGGCCGGGGAAUAUCGCCUAUGCUGGUGCCAGGGCAUGUCAAACGCGUCGGGCUGCCGUGUCGAGCAUUUCGACGUCGACUUCGGGGUGCUGCAGAUCUUCGGCCCAACCUUGCAGCAGGACCGUACAUGCGUAAGUUCGAUGGCCUGCCAGAUAAGCGGGAUCGAGGGCACCGGUUUGGGCAGUGGUGAUUCUUUGAUGUUACUGGAGACUUGCUCUUCCGGAGCUACGCUGGAUGGUCUUCCAGCAGUGCCCUCGUCAACUCUCUCUGGUUCGAGCUUCGACUGGACUGCCAACUUGACAGAGAUUGUCAUGAGCUCUCCAGGUGGCUUGUAUAGGCUCUGCUGGUGUAUGCGAGGCUAUCCGUGCGAUCUGAUCGAGCACUUCGUCGUCGACAUGGGUGCUCUGCAUGUGAUCGGUCCUGCCCCGUUAACACAGCAUCGAACGUGUAUUGCAGGCCGUGCCUGCAGCAUGGGUCAGAUCUACGGACUUAGCCUAGGCUCGACCGACAGGCUGCAGCUGCUAGAGACCUGUGGCGCAUCCGACAGCAAAGUGCCACUGCGAUUCCCCAUGAACGGACUCAUUGUACCCGACCUCAACGCGUCUCAGCCACUCAGUGGUAUGGGGCUUGGGUCCGAGAUCGUUUCCGCACCUGGCGGCCUGUACAGACUGUGCUGGUGCAGUGGCUUGAAGGCGUCUGGCUGCUUGCGUGGCACCGACUUCCAAACUGAUCUGGGCGCCAUGACUGUAUUGGGGGUCAGUCCCCACCAGCAAGACAGAACGUGCAUCAGCGGCAGAGUAUGCGCUGUAGAUUCUUUGCGGGGAUAUGGCCUGAGUGAGUCUGACAGCUACAUGAUCUUGGACACCUGUGGUGAAGCUGUCACGACGGUCGGCAUUGGUAAGGCAAGCUCGAGCUCACAUCCGAGGAUCAGCUGGGCCGAUUCAUUGACGGCAGCCGGAGGCGAAUACCGAUUGUGUUGGUGCUCAGGACUACCGUCAAUGCCGACGGAUGACUUCAACGCUUCCAACACAUCCAUCGUGACAGCAGGCAGCAGCAUGACCGGAAACGUUUCCGUAUGUUCGGUAUCUUGGGACUUUGGCAUCGAUGCCGGCAAGCUUCUCUUGCUAGGGCCGGCGCCUCUUUUCCACCGCAGCACGUGUGCGGCGGGCCAGACAUGCGCCAUCAAUGUCGCUGGAACGGGACUAUCACCCGCAGAUCUGCUGUUGGUGCAAGAUACGUGCGGCCAGCUGUUUGCAUCGACUCCUUUCGCAAGCCCAGGCAGCUUGCACCUGUCAUCGUACAACAGCAGCAACAUCAACGCCUCCAUUUUGGAUGCAGCUCGAUCAGCAACUGCUGAUCUGGGCCGAAGUGUCACGGCCGGGGAAUAUCGCCUAUGCUGGUGCCAGGGCAUGUCAAACGCGUCGGGCUGCCGUGUCGAGCAUUUCGACGUCGACUUCGGGGUGCUGCAGAUCUUCGGCCCAACCUUGCAGCAGGACCGUACAUGCGUAAGUUCGAUGGCCUGCCAGAUAAGCGGGAUCGAGGGCACCGGUUUGGGCAGUGGUGAUUCUUUGAUGUUACUGGAGACUUGCUCUUCCGGAGCUACGCUGGAUGGUCUUCCAGCAGUGCCCUCGUCAACUCUCUCUGGUUCGAGCUUCGACUGGACUGCCAACUUGACAGAGAUUGUCAUGAGCUCUCCAGGUGGCUUGUAUAGGCUCUGCUGGUGUAUGCGAGGCUAUCCGUGCGAUCUGAUCGAGCACUUCGUCGUCGACAUGGGUGCUCUGCAUGUGAUCGGUCCUGCCCCGUUAACACAGCAUCGAACGUGCUAUAGCGGCCAAUCAUGCCUCUUGGAUGGCUUGGUACAGAUCGGCAGCACGGAGGCCAAGAUCUUGGUGCUGGAGACGUGUGGAACAUCCGCUCUCGUCAGGCCACCUUCUGGACAUGCUAUCCCAUCCAGUAGCGACACAUCGGGCAGAGCGGAUGUCACUGGUCAAGUCCGUUUCGCCGCGGGUGGCCUGUACCGGCUGUGCUGGUGCGGCCAGCUGUUGCAGGAUGCAAAUGCCACAGGUAUUCUGGGCAAUGCAAGCGAGCAGUGCACGCUGGCGCAGAAUUUCGGAGUUGACAUGGGUGGCUUAACAAUGCUGGGCCCGGCACCUCUGCAGCAAGACAGAACUUGUGUGGCAGGUGGGAGCUGCCUCCUUGAAGGCUUCCUGGGCACUGGCAUGGAAGCAGGUUCCUUGCUACUCCUGGAAACUUGUGGGGUCGCUGCUUCGGCAGACUUCGGAGCAUCAGGAAGACCGGGUCAACCAAGGGGCCCAACUGUGGCAGCUUUGCUGGCGUCGGGUGCCGCUUUCCGCUGGGAGGCACCAGUUCCUGCCGCCCCUUCUGGAGGAAGCUUCCGACUUUGUUGGUGUGGUGAGAAGCUGCCCCAAAACUUGACCAACUACACGAGCUGUGCCAUUUCGUCCGACUUCACUGUGGACAUGGGAAUGUUGCAUGUCAUGGGACCUCUUGCAGGGGCCACGCAGCAGCAAUUCACGUGCGUCGGUGGCCAGCGCUGCACUUUGGAUCCUAUCAGGGGCCUGGAUCUGCUGCCUGGAGAUCAAGUUUUGGUGUUGGACACUUGUGGCGCUCAGGGUAUACCAGCCGAUGUUUCAGGUACCUUCGUCGUCGGUGGUCUUCGCAAUUCUGUGCUGGUAUGGGAUGUUCAGGCGGCUCCGCUUCCCGGUGGGCAAUAUCGACUGUGCUGGUGUGGGAGCCAAAGCAUGUCCACGUCGAAUCACACUUCCCAGCUACCGGCGGAUUGCAAGACAGAUGCUGGUUCCCUCAGCAUAUUAUCUCCCACAUUGCAUCAGCAGCGAACGUGUGUCAGUGGACAGACUUGCUCCCUGGACGGAAUCACUGGCUACUCCUUGUCCCCCGACGAUGCAAUUAUGGUCCUGGACACAUGUGGAGCCCCGACAGGUGUCAUUAACAUGCUGGUGGAAGCAGCCGUUGUCACACACAGUGGUGCUGCGGCCAGAUGGGAUGCAGCUGUGGUAACCGCGGCUGGUGGCAUCUACCGACUUUGUUGGUGUGCUGGCCUGCGUGGGGAGGAAGGCUACACCAACUCUUCGUCAUGCCAGACUCCAGCGGGCUUCACUGUGGACUUUGGGGACCUGCAUCUUAUUGGACCCAAUCCGUUGCACGCCACUCGCACCUGCAUUUCUGGACUGCCAUGUGUGACAGCGGCUUUGGAAGGCUUUCACCUGUCCAUUUACGACCGCUUCGUGAUUCUGGACACCUGUGGUGAAAGGCUUGCCGUGGUUGGGGGCUACGGAGUGCAACUUGGAGUUCAGGCAAGCAAUGCCAGCCUGGCUGGUGGGACUAUCGCAUGGGACACAGGUGAUGUGAUGGGAGGCCAGUACCGAAUCUGUUGGUGCAGUCAAGAUUUCCAGUGUUCCUUGGCGGAGGAUUUCUCCGUUGACUCUGGGAGUUUAUUCAUGGUUGGCCCAGCUCCGCUCGGACAGCAUCGCACUUGUGUUGCUGGGUUCAGCUGUUCGGUGGAUGGCAUCACUGGCAUGGCCUUGAAUGCAGAAGACACUUACCUUUUGCGGGACAGCUGCCACGCAUCAACUGCACCUCCCGAAGGGCUACCGGAUGCGGGCAUGGCGAUGCGGACCACAAGCGGGGCUGUCCAGUGGGGGGCGGCUGAGCACCAUCUGACAGCGAAGGGUGGGGUUUAUGCCCUGUGCUGGUGUGCUGCACUUCCGGGGGCAUCCAACUCAUCCAACAAAUCUAUGUGUUCCCAGUCCUCUUCCUUUGUGCAGUUCGGUUCCCUGACAUUAAUCGGGCCUAGUCCGAGAGAUCAAUCGAGAACUUGCUACAGCGGCCAGCAGUGUAUGCUCAGCGGUUUCAAUGGACUACAUCUUGCAGACACGAGUCAGGUGAGAAUACUCAGCAGCUGUCGAGGGGAGGAAAUUUCAGGAUGGCCUGAUGACUUCCAGCUGCUCUUGCCAUCAGAGAACUCAAGCGGUAGCAUGGCUGUUCGCUGGGGCACAGUCUCAGCCGCUGGAGCAAGCUACCGCCUCUGUUGGUGUUUCGACGAUUCCUGUGAUUCUCAGGGCUCUUGGAUUGAUUUCGGCACGCUGCAUCUGGCUGGCCCACAGCCUCUGCAGCAGCAUCGAACCUGCGUUACAGGACAGCUUUGUGGUUUAGCUGGCCUCACAGGCUACGCCCUUCCGGCUUCCAGCCAUGUGAUGGUCUUGGAAACCUGUGGUGCCGACACAAGGGGAUGGCGUGCCAGUGACGCUGUCGUGCUUCGAAAUGAUAGCAACAUCUCCUUCUCGCUGACACAGCCAGGAGGCAUGUACAGACUGUGCUGGUGCUCCGCCGUGGACAACCCCUGGUCAUCGAAUGUCAGCUUGACUUCCAGCGACUGCAGUCUGAGCAGUGAUUUCCGCGUUGACAUGGGAGCCCUUCUGGUCAUCGGUGUGGCCCCGCUCACGCAACAUCGCACAUGCAUCUCCGGACUGACAUGCUCGUUCGAUGUCGAUGGACUCUGGCUUGCCACAGGGGACGUGGUUUCCGUUUUUGACACUUGCGGCUCAGAGGCUUCCAAGUACUCCGCAGCCCUGGUUGAUCUGUGGGGCAACAGCACCGGCAACAGGAGCUUGGACAGCAGGGCUGUCUCUGGGGCUACGCUGCGACCCGGCACAAUCCUCGCGUUGAGCGGUGGGUUGUACCGCUUGUGCUGGUGUCCAGGCUCCGUUCGCGAUUGCAUCGGCGGGCAGGAUUUUAAUGCAGAUUUUGGGGCUCUCACCGUGAUUGGGCCAAGGCCACUGAAGCAGAUGAGAACUUGUGUGGCGGGACAAGCGUGUGCGCUCGAUGGAAUCGAAGGGCAGGACUUAAGUCCAGAAGCCAGCUUCGCAGUUCUGGACACCUGUGGCACCGUCACCAGCGCACCAUUCCUGCCAAAUGUAAUCACUCACGAUAGUCGUACCCUGCCCCUGAGCAGGUUUAGGCUGCAAGACUUCUCCACGACACCGGUCGUUGCUGGUCGAUAUAGUUUGUGCUGGUGCCCACGACCAGCCGCUAACGCAUCCAUGGCUGACUUUAACCAGUCAAUGCCUUGCUUACUUGAAGAUCACUCCGUGCCUGCAGGCACCCUGCACAUCAUUGGGCCCUCUCCAUUGCAAAACACUCGCACCUGCAUUAGUGGGCAAGCAUGUGCAAUUCACGGCUUGACGGGUGCCGGGGCCUAUCAUUUGACUCCCGGCGAUCAACUUCUCUUGCUCGACACAUGUGGAGCUUCGGGAGCCUUGCUUCAGCGGUCAGUGAGGCAACCCAUGUCUGCACAGACGGCACUGGUUUUCAGCAGUGGGGUAAUCUUCUCCUGGUCCGAAAUGCAGUCAACUGCUGGUGGCAACUACCGAAUGUGUUGGUGCGCUGCUGGCUUUGAUUGCAGCACUGCUGAUCAUUUUCGCGUUGAUGUCGGGGAGCUGCUUAUUCUGGGUCCAACACCGCUCCUGCAGGACAGGACCUGCGUUAGCGGACGUCGCUGCAACGUAGAAGGUCUGCAACUGUUUCCCGCUCCAAGCCAAGGCAACUCAUCUCUGAAUUCGUCGCUUCUCUCUGUCAUGGUACUGGACACUUGCGGGACCUUCUCUCUGCCAGCACGGCUAGCACCAGCAGGUGGUUCCGAUGGAAGCGACUUGCUCCUUAGUGAGCAGGUCAGCUCCGCAGGAGGCAUGCACAGGCUCUGCUGGUGCGGCAUGCCGCCCUGUGAGAAGGCUACUCACUUCAAUGUCGAUGCCGGGCAACUGCUACUUCUAGGUCCAAGCCCAUUGCAGCAGCAGAUGACCUGUGUCAGCGGCCAGAGUUGCGUUGUGCAACUCAGCUCUUCCACCAUGACCGCGACGGAGAUGUCCAUGCACACCAGUGUGUAUCUACAUGAUGCUUGCCCUGCUUCCACACCGGUGAGCGCAGCUGCUCCAAUUGCAGGUCCGCUGCAGCAGUCUGCUCCUGUCGUGCUGACACCUGCAGGUGGAGUAUAUCGGAUGUGCUGGUGUGGCGCAUUGCAUGGAAACACAUGUGCUCCGAGUGAUUACCUUGUGGAUGCCGGACAAUUGUUACUGAUUGGGCCGUCGCCUCAUUCACAAACUCGAACUUGCAUUGGCGGUCUUGCUUGCCGGUUCCACGACUUCGAUGGGCUCUACCUACAACCUGAGGAUCGACUGCUGCUGCUUGACACUUGUGGUCAGAACUCCUACAUCGGUGUAGCAGCCUUCCUGCAUCCUCCAGGAUCGCAGUCAAACGACACGAAUGCCACCGGACCUAUGAUCUCAGCGGUGUCAGCUGUGUCCUCUCUGCUGCACAUCACGGGGGCAGGCGGCGUGUACAGACUUUGUUGGUGCUCUGCAGGCUUUGAAUGCAAUCUGCCAGAGAACUUCAAGGUUGACCUCGGGCAGCUGCACUUGCUGGCGCCCUCUCUGCUUGGAAAGACUUGUUUGAGUGGACAAGUCUGUCAGCUCGAGGAGGUCUUCGAAGGCUUCGCCAGUGAUUCGAUUCUGGUGUUGGAGACCUGCGGACUGGCAAGUCCGGUUGAAGGCUUUGGAGACUCAGUUUGGAGCAGUGCAAACUCGGAAAUGUUCAUUUCUGCGGCUGGGGGCAUUUAUCGAAUAUGUUGGUGUGCUGGCGGAAGCUUAGCCCCAAAUGCCCCUUGUCACAUUCCGGAUUCUUUUGACACGGAUUUGGGUUUCUUGAUGGUCAUCGGACCAUCCCCGUUGCAGCAGUACCGGACCUGCAUCGCAGGCCAGGCUUGCAGGCUUAGCCCUUUGCUUGGGCAUUUCCCGGCGGGAGACUCCGUGGACUCCUUGGGGGCGCUUGCCAUACUUGAGACCUGCGCAAUCGCGAUCAGCCCAGGGCUUCGGGCCCUGAGUUCGUCAGGUGGCUUCAAUGGAUCACAGUCCCCAGGCAGCCUAGUUCCCUGGGACAUGGCUGAGAAUGCUUCGGAAGUGCAGUGGCUCCAAGAAGGCGCACUUUACAGGCUUUGCUGGUGCUUGGAUGCGCAAGGUUGCAGCCGCGUGGAGGACUACCGAACAGAUGUCGGUGGCCUGCUGGUGGUUGGCCCUAGUCCACUCCUUCAGCUUCGAACUUGCAUCAGUGGACACUCUUGCGCUUUCGACGGUGUGACGGGACUGGGUCUUUCAUCUUCAUACUACAUCUCCCGAAUUCGGCUUUAUCAGGACGGUGCGACAUCUCACGACGUCCGCGUCUGGGAACUCUACCACUCGGAGUCUCCGAACGGUCCCUGGAUCAAGGCCUUCAAUGGAGCCGCAGCCCCUGGUGUGGGUGAGCAGGAGUUUGGGGGCUGGUCGCCCUCAGCCAGCCCUUACUGGCGCUUGGUCGUGCUGCAGACCUACUCGGGCCAGGAGCCCCGACUACGUGAAGUCCAAUUCGUGGCUGAGGGAAAGAUCGUACGGCUAAGCUCCAGCCGGGUCGUCUCAGCUUCGGGACUUGUCCACUCUUCGGGAGGUGUCAGCUACCCUGCGAGCAAACUGGUUGAUGGCAAGCUCGAAGACGACUCGCGUUGGAUCCCUGCGGGCCUGCCUGCAGCCUACAACAAGUGGGAGGUCGUGUUCGACGUCAGAGGUGGUGAUGCUUUCCUGGUGAUGGAAACCUGUGGCUCUGCUGCCCUAGUCGACGGCCUUCCCGGCGCAGGGCUUACCGAGGAAGUCACAUCAACAGGCGCCCGUGUGUCCUGGGGCGCUCUCACUGCGAUCACUGCACGGGGAGGCCGAUACCAACUUUGCUGGUGUGCGCGAGGCGGCGCCUGCUUGGAUCCCGUCGAGGAUUUCCGCCUGUCGAUCGGAAGUCUUUCCGUUGCGGGCCCGCACCUCAACGAAGCUACAUGUUCAAGUGGGCAGACUUGCGUCAUAGAGGCAUUCCGCGGCCAGGAUCUUGUAGCAACGGACCUGCUCAUGAUCCUAGACACUUGUGGUAUCGAUGCAUCGAUGGGUGCGCUAAUGCGGAAGGUUUCCAGUCUCGGAACCAUUACAGUUGUGGAGUCCAGCGAUGCCUCUGCAGAGUUCAUGCGGACAACGCAGGCAUCCGUUGCAUUUGAUGGUGAACUCAUCUGGCCUGGUGGGAAGUAUCAGCUCUGUUGGUGCAGGCCUGUCUUAGCGUCAGGUGCGCACUGCGAGUCGCCUGCAGACUUUAAGACAUUUGCUGGUAGCCUUCAUUUGUUUGGACCUUCUCCCAAUCAGCAGCAUCGAACGUGUGUUAGCGGGCGCGCCUGCCCUGCACAAGCUGUUACGGGAUAUGGUCUGUUUGCGGACGAUCGAGUCUUACUGUUGGAGUCCUGUGGAGUACGCAGUGUUGUCGACCGCUUCUUCGCAGUGGACAGCUGGCAAUUGAGCCAGGCUCUAAGCAGCACAGCGAAUGAGACGUGGCUCUGGAAUGCGACGACACCGCCUGAAUCAGAGACUCUCGAGACUCUAGAGAUGUUUGGCUGGGGAAACAUACCCAUCACCACCGCUGGGGGCAGGUACCGGAUGUGUUGGUGCUCGAGGCAUGCUCGGUGCUCAGAGCCUGCCGAUUUCAGCCUGGAUUUCGGGGAACUGUUGGUAGUUGGUGCAGCUACCAGCCAUGGUUACACCUGCGUCUCGGGCCUUCCUUGUCAGAUUGACGGCCUUCAGGGAGAGAGCCUCGGCAUGAAUCAGCAUCUUGCCGUCCUUGACACGUGCGGCGUUGCCAUGGAUACGCUUGUCAUGACAGGGAUGUUUGACGGCUCAUCCUUUUCCUGGGGCUCCACGCCCAUCCUUCUUGCUGGUGGCACAUACCGCUUGUGUUGGUGUGCAUCCAGAGGCCCUGUGGAUUUCCUCAACCUCUCAAACUCCUCGGCUUCCAAUGCCUCUCUGGGCUCCUGUUCCAGCACUGACGACUUCGCAUUGGAUGUAGGCAGCCUGAUGUUGCUUGGACCGUCGCCGCACUUUCAGUACUUGACUUGCACUUCAGGCCAGAAAUGUCAAUUUGACAUGCUCCAGGGAUUCGGUUUGACUGAGACCGGCUAUGUGCGCGUGAUGGAGACAUGCGGCGUCCUUGCGGCAGCGGUGCAACGAAUGCCUGUGCAAGCCAGCAUCCUUCCGUCUACGGGCCGUUCCGCAGAAGCCAGCUGGGAUGCACCGACCUCUGCAGCUGGUGGUGCCUAUCGGCUUUGCUGGUACUCUGGCGCACGGAGCUUCAACCUUACCAACAUGACAGAUGAGGCCAGCGACCUUGCAUUCAACGUGGACUUUGGCACUCUGCACCUGCUUGGUCCUGGACCUCUCCAACAGGACAGGACGUGUGUGAGUGGACAGACUUGCAGGGUAGGUGGCAUUCAGGGUGCAGGAGCCGAGCUCGGCUCCUUCCUAGUGCAGGAUACGUGCGGGACUCUUGGCAUCCUGCCUCGCUUUACAAAUGCAGGCCUCAUGGACUCAGCGUUUGACGGGGAAGUAUCCUGGGGGGCAUCCAAAGUAACAGCAGCUGGGGGCUUGUAUCGCCUCUGCUGGGCAGCCUUCCAGUCAGAGAACUUCAUUUCAGCGAUGGAGUUCAACCGCACAUGGAACGGAAGCGACAACUUCACUCUUGUGCGGCUGGCAGACACGGCAGAUGCCACCAAUGCGACCGACAACAUGACCAGAACCAUCAUACCGGACAGGAUAGUGGAUGUAGGCCAGUUCACCCUCGUUGGUCCUGCCCCCCUAGGACAAGACUUCACUUGCAUUGCUGGCGAAGCCUGUGACCUUCGCCCGAUCACAGGCUACCACCUGCGUCCGAAUGAUGUCUUUGCGGUCCUUGAAACUUGCGGGGAGAUUUCCUCGGCCGCGGAAAGCACUACAACGGUGGGGUUCGAGAUUCCGAGUAGUGGUGUUUGGCGUGCACCUACAUUACCAGCAGGUAUGUAUCGGCUGUGCUGGUGUGCAGAGCUGGGUGCCGAAGGAUUUAACGUCAGUGGAUACAGCAACUUCAGCCGCGUUUCCUGCAUGCUGCAGCAGGAUUUCCAGGUGGAUGUGGGGCAUGUGUCUGUGCUGUCUCCAGAUCCAGCUGACCAGAACUUGUCUGCUGUUGAUGUCUCCUUUGUUCCGAGCAACGACACUCAGGCAGGGGAUGCGGAUUCCAAAAGCUAUGCAAGUUUGCAGGAAGACCUGUGUUUGGCAUGUUGUGAAGGGUAG